AUGGAGAGGAGAAAGAGAGAAGGGGAGGGAAAGAAGGGAGAUUGUGUGGGGAAAAUAAGGAUGACAGAGUGAUAGAGGGAGAGGGAAUGAUUGAGAGGUGGAGGCAGGGAGAUAGAGCAAGAGGGAGUGAGGGAAGAUUAAGAGAAGGAAUAUCAGGCUUCACAGGCCAGUUGGCACAGAGGGAAUAUGAUCAAAACCCCAGGACUCUGCUGACUUCUAAAACCUCCCUCCAUAAUCCCACCACUCAGAGAGAGACAGAGAGAAAAGAACAAAGGACACAGUGAAGGCAGAGAGCAAUAGCCAAAGAAAGAAUAUGUGGUUGCUUAGUAGAAAGAGAGAGAGAGUGAAAGAGACUGAAAAAGUAGAGCAAUAAAGAGAAAGAAAAGCAAGAAGCAGAGUAUUGCUUCAGCUGCGAGAGAAAUGGAGAGGCUAGAAAGAUUGGGAGAAAAGGGGAGAAGCGAGGGAGAGAGGACAGAGGGAGAAAGAUGGCAAAUUAGGGAGGGAGGGAGGGGUGGGUGGGAGCGAGUGGUUAGCUGUAUGUCCUGAAGAGCUGUCAUAUACAGUGGGGGAAAAAAGUAUUUAGUCAGCCACCAAUUGUGCAAGUUCUCCCACGUAAAAAGAUGAGAGAGGCCUGUAAUUUUCAUCAUAGGUACACGUCAACUAUGACAGACAAAAUGAGAAAAGAAAAUCCAGAAAAUCACAUUGUAGGAUUUGUAAUGAAUUUAUUUGCAAAUGAUGGUGGAAAAUAAGUAUUUGGUCAAUAACAAAAGUUUCUCAAUACUUUGUUAUAUACCCUUUGUUGGCAAUGACACAGGUCAAACUUUUUCUGUAAGUUUGGAGUGUGACUGUUUGAGGUUGUGGACAGGUGUCUUUUAAACUGAUAACAAGUUCAAACAGGUGCCAUUAAUACAGGUAACGAGUGGAGGACAGAGGAGCCUCUUAAAGAAUAAGUUACAGGUCUGUGAGAGCCAGAAAUCUUGCUUGUUUGUAGGUGACCAAAUACUUAUUUUCCACCAUAAUUUGCAAAUAAAUUCAUUAAAAAUCCUACAAUGUGAUUUUCUGGAAAAAAAAUUUCUCAAUUUGUCUGUCAAAGUUGACGUGUACAUAUUAUGAAAAUUACAGGCCUCUCAUCUUUUUAAGUGGGAGAACUUGCACAAUUGGUGGCUGACUAAAUACUUUUUUCCCCCACUGUAUAGCAGCACAUUGAUGACGUCAGAGUGAUCAACAUGAAGAAAGAGAGAGAAGAGAGUGAUAAGACAGAAGGACAAGGUCAGACUGAGAAAGAGAGGUGAGGAGGAGAGAGAAGAAGAUGGAGAAAUAAAAAAUGAGGGAUAGAGAAAAGGGUGGAGAAAGAGAAUGUACAGUUGAAGUCGGAAGUUUACAUACACUUAGGUUGGAGUCAUUAAAACUCCACAAAUUUCAUGUUAACAAACUAUAGUUUUGGCAAGUCGGUUAGGACAUCUAUGUUGUGCAUGACACAAGUAAUUUUUCCAACAAUUGUUUACAGACAGAUUAUUUCACUUAUAAUUCACUGUAUCACAAUUCCAGUGGGUCAGAAGUUUACAUACACUAAGUUGACUGUGCCUUUAAACAGCUUGGAAAAUUCCAGUCAAUUUGAGUCAAUUGGAGGUGUACCUAUGGAUGUAUUUCUCAGUGCCUCUUUGCUUGACAUCAUGUGAAAAUCAAAAGAAAUCAGCCAAGACCUCAGAAAAACAAUUGUAGACCUCCACAAGUCUGGUUCAUCCUUGGGAGCAAUUUCCAAACGCUUGAAGGUACCACGUUCAUCUGUACAAACAAUAGUAUGCAAGUAUAAACACCAUGGGACCACGCAGCCGUCAUACCGCUCAGGAAGGAGACGCGUUCUGUCUCCUUGAGAUUAAGAUACUUUGGUGCGAAAAGUGCAAAUCAAUCCCAGAACAACAGCAAAGGACCUUGUGAAGAUGCUGGAGGAAACAGGUACAAAAGUAUCUAUAUCCACAGCAAAAUGAGUCCUAUAUCGACAUAACCUGAAAGGCCGCUCAGCAAGGAAGAAGCCACUGCUCCAAAACCGCCAUAAAAAAGCCAGACUACGGUUUGCAACUGCACAUGGGGACAAAGAUCGUACUUUUUGGAGAAAUGUCCUCUGGUCUGAUGAAACAAAAAUAGAACAGUUUGGCCAUAAUGACCAUCGUUAUGUUUGGAGGAAAAAGGGGGUGGCUUGCAAGCCGAAGAACACCAUCCCAACCGUGAAGCACUGGGGUGGCAGCAUCAUGCUGUGGGGGUGCUUUGCUGCAGGAGGGACUGGUGCACUUCACAAAAUAGAUGGCAUCAUGACGAAGGAAAAUUAUGUGGGUAUAUUGAAGCAACAUCUCAAGACAUCAGUCAGGAAGUUAAAGCUUGGUCGCAAAUGGGUCUUCCAAAUGGACAAUGACCCCAAGCAUACUUCCAAAGUUGUGGCAAAAUGGCUUAAGGACAACAAAGUCAAGGUAUUGCAGUGGCCAUCACAAAGCCCUGACCUCAAUCCUAUAGAAAAUGUGUGGGCAGAACUGAAAAAGCGUGUGUGAGCAAGGAGGCCUACAAACCUGACUCAGUUACACCAGAUCUGUCAGGAGGAAUGGGCCACAAUUCACCCAACUUAUUGUGGGAAGCUUGUGGAAGGCUACCUGAAACGUUUGACCCAAGUUAAACAAUUUAAAGGCAAUGCUACCAAAUGCUAAUUGAGUGUACAGUGGGGGAAAAAAGUAUUUAGUCAGCCACCAAUUGUGCAAGUUCUCCCACGUAAAAAGAUGAGAGAGGCCUGUAAUUUUCAUCAUAGGUACACGUCAACUAUGACAGACAAAUUGAGAAAAAAAUAUCAAGAAAAUCACAUUGUAGGUUUUUUAAUGAAUUUAUUUGCAAAUUAUGGUGGAAAAUAACUAUUUGGUCACCUACAAACAAGCAAGAUUUCUGGCUCUCACAGACCUGUAACUUAUUCUUUAAGAGGCUCCUCUGUCCUCCACUCGUUACCUGUAUUAAUGGCACCUGUUUGAACUUGUUAUCAGUUUAAAAGACACCUGUCCACAACCUCAAACAGUCACACUCCAAACUUACAGAAAAAGUUUGACCUGUGUCAUUGCCAACAAAGGGUAUAUAACAAAGUAUUGAGAAACUUUUGUUAUUGACCAAAUACUUAUUUUCCACCAUAAUUUGCAAAUAAAUUCAUAAAAAAUCCUACAAUGUGAUUUUCUGGAAUUUUUUUUCUCAUUUUGUCUGUCAUAGUUGACAUGUACCUAUGAUGAAAAUUACAGGCCUUCUCAUCUUUUUAAGUGGGAGAACUUGCACAAUUGGUGGCUGACUAAAUACUUUUUUUCCCCACUGUACACUCAAUUAGCAUUUGGUAGCAUUGCCUUUAAAUUGUUUAACUUGGGUCAAACGUUUCAGGUAGCCUUCCACAAGCUUCCCACAAUAAGUUGGGUGAAUUGUGGCCCAUUCCUCCUGACAGAUCUGGUGUAACUGAGUCAGGUUUGUAGGCCUCCUUGCUCACACACGCUUUUUCAGUUCUGCCCACACAUUUUCUAUAGGAUUGAGGUCAGGGCUUUGUGAUGGCCACUGCAAUACCUUGACUUUGUUGUCCUUAAGCCAUUUUGCCACAACUUUGGAAGUAUGCUUGGGGUCAUUGUCCAUUUGGAAGACCCAUUUGCGACCAAGCUUUAACUUCCUGACUGAUGUCUUGAGAUGUUGCUUCAAUAUACCCACAUAAUUUUCCUUCGUCAUGAUGCCAUCUAUUUUGUGAAGUGCACCAGUCCCUCCUGCAGCAAAGCACCCCCACAGCAUGAUGCUGCCACCCCAGUGCUUCACGGUUGGGAUGGUGUUCUUCGGCUUGCAAGCCACCCCCUUUUUCCUCCAAACAUAACGAUGGUCAUUAUGGCCAAACUGUUCUAUUUUUGUUUCAUCAGACCAGAGGACAUUUCUCCAAAAAGUACGAUCUUUGUCCCCAUGUGCAGUUGCAAACCGUAGUCUGGCUUUUUUAUGGCGGUUUUGGAGCAGUGGCUUCUUCCUUGCUGAGCGGCCUUUCAGGUUAUGUCGAUAUAGGACUCAUUUUGCUGUGGAUAUAGAUACUUUUGUACCUGUUUCCUCCAGCAUCUUCACAAGGUCCUUUGCUGUUGUUCUGGGAUUGAUUUGCACUUUUCGCACCAAAGUAUCUUAAUCUCAAGGAGACAGAACGCGUCUCCUUCCUGAGCGGUAUGACGGCUGCGUGGUCCCAUGGUGUUUAUACUUGCAUACUAUUGUUUGUACAGAUGAACGUGGUACCUUCAAGCGUUUGGAAAUUGCUCCCAAGGAUGAACCAGACUUGUGGAGGUCUACAAUUGUUUUUCUGAGGUCUUGGCUGAUUUCUUUUGAUUUUCACAUGAUGUCAAGCAAAGAGGCACUGAGAAAUACAUCCAUAGGUACACCUCCAAUUGACUCAAAUUGACUGGAAUUUUCCAAGCUGUUUAAAGGCACAGUCAACUUAGUGUAUGUAAACUUCUGACCCACUGGAAUUGUGAUACAGUGAAUUAUAAGUGAAAUAAUCUGUCUGUAAACAAUUGUUGGAAAAAUUACUUGUGUCAUGCACAACAUAGAUGUCCUAACCGACUUGCCAAAACUAUAGUUUGUUAACAUGAAAUUUGUGGAGUUUUAAUGACUCCAACCUAAGUGUAUGUAAACUUCCGACUUCAACUGUACAUUCUCUUUCUCCACCCUUUUCUCUAUCCCUCAUUUUUUAUUUCUCCAUCUUCUUCUCUCUCCUCCUCACCUCUCUUUCUCAGUCUGACCUUGUCCUUCUGUCUUAUCACUCUCUUCUCUCUCUUUCUUCAUGUUGAUCACUCUGACGUCAUCAAUGUGCUGCUAUACAGUGGGGGAAAAAAGUAUUUAGUCAGCCACCAAUUGUGCAAGUUCUCCCACGUAAAAAGAUGAGAGAGGCCUGUAAUUUUCAUCAUAGGUACACGUCAACUAUGACAGACAAAUUGAGAAAAAAAUAUCAAGAAAAUCACAUUGUAGGUUUUUUAAUGAAUUUAUUUGCAAAUUAUGGUGGAAAAUAACUAUUUGGUCACCUACAAACAAGCAAGAUUUCUGGCUCUCACAGACCUGUAACAACUUCUUUAAGAGGCUCCUCUGUCCUCCACGCGUUACCUGUAUUAAUGGCACCUGUUUGAACUUGUUAUCAGUAUAAAAGACACCUGUCCACAACCUCAAACAGUCACACUCCAAACUCCACUAUGGCCAAGACCAAAGAGCUGUCAAAGGACACCAGAAACAACAUUGUAGACCUGCACCAGGCUGGGAAGACUGAAUCUGCAAUAGGUAAGCAGCUUGGUUUGAAGAAAUCAACUGUGGGAGCAAUUAUUAGGAAAUGGAAGACAUACAAGACCACUGAUAAUCUCCCUCAAUAUGGGGCUCCACGCAAGAUCUCACCCCGUGGGGUCAAAAUGAUCACAAGAACGGUGAGCAAAAAUCCCAGAACCACACGGGGAGACCUAGUGAAUGACCUGCAGAGAGCUGGGACCAAAGUAACAAAGCCUACCAUCAGUAACACACUACGCCGCCAGGGACUCAAAUCCUGCAGUGCCAGACGUGUCUCCCUGCUUAAGCCAGUACAUGUCCAGGCCCGUCUGAAGUUUGCUAGAGUGCAUUUGGAUGAUCCAGAAGAACAUUGGGAGAAUGUCAUAUGGUCAGAUGAAACCAAAAUAUAACUUUUUGGUAAAAACUCAACUCGUCGUGUUUGGAGGACAAAGAAUGCUGAGUUGCAUCCAAAGAACACCAUACCUACUGUGAAGCAUGGGGGUGGAAACAUCAUGCUUUGGGGCUGUUUUUCUACAAAGAGACCAGGACGACUGAUCCGUGUAAAGGAAAGAAUGAAUGGGGCCAUGUAUCGUGAGAUUUUGAGUGAAAACCUCCUUCCAUCAGCAAGGGCAUUGAAGAUGAAACGUGGCUGGGUCUUUCAGCAUGACAAUGAUCCCAAACACACCGCCCGGGCAACGAAGGAGUGGCUUCGUAAGAAGCAUUUCAAGGUCCUGGAGUGGCCUAGCCAGUCUCCAGAUCUCAACCCCAUAGAACAUCUUUGGAGGGAGUUGAAAGACUGUGUUGCCCAGUGACAGCCCCAAAACAUCACUGCUCCAGAGGAGAUCUGCAUGGAGGAAUGGGUCAAAAUACCAGCAACAGUGUGUGAAAACCUUGUGAAGACUUACAGAAAACGUUUGACCUGUGUCAUUGCCAACAAAGGGUAUAUAACAAAGUAUUGAGAAACUUUUGUUAUUGACCAAAUACUUAUUUUCCACCAUAAUUUGCAAAUAAAUUCAUAAAAAAUCCUACAAUGUGAUUUUCUGGAAUUUUUUUUCUCAUUUUGUCUGUCAUAGUUGACAUGUACCUAUGAUGAAAAUUACAGGCCUUCUCAUCUUUUUAAGUGGGAGAACUUGCACAAUUGGUGGCUGACUAAAUUCUUUUUUUCCCCACUGUAUGUAAACUUCUGACCACUGGGAAUGUGAAGAAAGAAAUAAAAGCUGAAAUAAAUCAUUCUCUCUACUAUUAUUCUGACAUUUCACAUUCUUAAAAUAAAGUGUUGAUCCUAACUGACCUGAGACAGGGAAUUUUUACUAGGAUUAAUUUUGUCAGGAAUUUUGAAAACUGAGUUUAAAUGUAUUUGGCUAAGGUGUAUUUAAACUUCCGACUUACAUACUACCUGUACACAUUUUGGACACACCUUCUCAUUCAAGGGUUUUUCUUUAUUUUUACUAUUUUUUAUAUUGUAGAAUAAUAGUGAAGACACCAAAACUGUGAAAUGACGUAUAAAUUAAAAUAUAUUUUGUAUUUGAGAUUCUUCAAAUAGCAACCCUUUGCCUUGAUGACAGCAUUGCACACUGUUUGACCAAGAAGGAGAGUGAUGGAGUGCUGCAUCAGAUGACCUGGCAUCCACAAUCCCCCGACCUCAACCCAAUUGAGAUGGUUUGGGAUGAGUCGGACCGCAGAGUGAAGGAAAAGCAGUCAAUAAGUGCUCAGCAUACAGUGGGGAGAACAAGUAUUUGAUACACUGACGAUUUUGCAGGUUUUCCUACUUACAAAGCAUGUAGAGGUCUGUAAUUUUUAUCAUAGGUACACUUCAACUGUGAGAGACGGAAUCUAAAACAAAAAUCCAGAAAAUCACAUUGUAUGAUUUUUAAGUAAUUAAUUUGCAUUUUAUUGCAUGACAUAAGUAUUUGAUCACCUACCAACCAGUAAGAAUUCCGGCUCUCACAGACCUGUUAGUUUUUCUUUAAGAAGCCCUCCUGUUCUCCACUCAUUACCUCUCAACUGCACCUGUUUGAACUUGUUACUUGUAUAAAAGACACCUGUCCACACACUCAAUCAAACAGACUCCAACCUCUCCACAAUGGCCAAGACCAGAGAGCUGUGUAAGGACAUCAGGGAUAGAAUUGUAGACAUGCACAAGGCUGGGAUGGGCUACAGGACAAUAGGCAAGCAGCUUGGUGAGAAGGCAACAACUGAUGGCGCAAUUAUUAGAAAAUGGAAGAAGUUCAAGAUGACGGUCAAUCACCCUCGGUCUGGGGCUCCAUGCAAGAUCUCACCUCGUGGGGUAUCAAUGAUCAUGAGGAAGGUGAGGGAUCAGCCCAGAACUACACGGCAGGACCUGGUCAAUGACCUGAAGAGAGCUGGGACCACAGUCUCAAAGAAAACCAUUAGUAACACACUACGCCGUCAUGGAUUAAAAUCCUGCAGCGCACGCAAGGUCCCCCUGCUCAAGCCAGCGCAUGUCCAGGCCCAUCUGAAGUUUGCCAAUGACCAUCUGGAUGAUCCAGAGGAGGAAUGGGAGAAGGUCAUGUGGUCUGAUGAGACAAAAAUAUAGCUUUUUGGUCUAAACUCCACUUGCCGUGUUUGGAGGAAGAAGAAAGAUGAGUACAACCCAAAGAACGCCAUCCCAACCGUGAAGCAUGGAGGUGGAAACAUCAUUCUUUGGGGAUGCUUUUCUGCAAAGGGGAUAGGACGACUGCACCGUAUUGAGGGGAGGAUGGAUGGGGCCAUGUAUCGCGAGAUCUUGGCCAACAACCUCCUUCCGUCAGUAAGAGCAUUGAAGAUGGGUCGUGGCUGGGUCUUCCAGCAUGACAACGACCCUAAACACACAGCCAGGGCAACUAAGGAGUGGCUCCGUAAGAAGCAUCUCAAGGUCCUAGAGUGGCCUAGCCAGUCUCCAGACCUGAACCCAAUAGAAAAUCUUUGGAGGGAGCUGAAAGUCCGUAUUGCCCAGCGACAGCCCCGAAACCUGAAGGAUCUGGAGAAGGUCUGUAUGGAGGAGUGGGCCAAAAUCCCUGCUGCAGUGUGUGCAAACCUGGUCAAGACCUACAGGAAACGUAUGAUCUCUGUAAUUGCAAACAAAGGUUUCUGUACCAAAUAUUAAGUUCUGCUUUUCUGAUGUAUCAAAUACUUAUGUCAUGCAAUAAAAUACAAAUUAAUUACUUAAAAAUCAUUCAAUGUGAUUUUCUGGAUUCCGUCUCUCACAGUUGAAGUGUACCUAUGAUAAAAAUUACAGACCUCUACAUGCUUUGUAAGUAGGAAAACCUGCAAAAUCGGCAGUGUAUCAAAUACUUGUUCUCCCCACUGUAUGUGGGAACUCCUUCAAGACUGUUGGGAAAGCAUUCCAGGUGAAGCUGGUUGAGAGAAUGCCAAGAGUGUGCAAAGCUGUCAUCAAGGCAAAGGGUGGCUAUUUGAAGAAUCUCAAAUAUAAAAUAUAUUUUUAUUUGUUGAACAUGUAUGUAGAAUAAGUAUUUGAUACACUGCCGAUUUUGCAGGCCCACUCCUCCAUACAUACCUUCUCCAGAUCCUUUAGGUUUCGGGGCUGUCGCUGGGCAAUACGGACUUUCAGCUCCCUCCAAAGAUUUUCUUUUGGGUUCAGGUCUGGAGACUGGCUAGGCCACUCCAGAACCUUGAGAUGCUUCUUUCGGAGCCACUCCUUAGUUGCCCUGGCUGUGUGUUUCGGGUCGUUCUCAUGCUGGAAGACCCAGCCACGACCCAUCUUCAAUGCUCUUACUGAAGGAAGGAGGUUGUUGGCCAAGAUCUCGCGAUACAUGGCCCCAUCCAUCCUCCCCUCAAUACGGUGCAGUCGUCCUAUCCCCUUUGCAGAAAAGCAUCCCCAAAGAAUGAUGUUUCCACCUCCAUGCUUCACGGUUGGGAUGGCGUUCUUUGGGUUGUACUCAUCUUUCUUCUUCCUCCAAACACGGCAAGUGGAGUUUAGACCAAAAAGCUAUAUUUUUGUCUCAUCAGACCACAUGACCUUCUCCCAUUCCUCCUCUGGAUCAUCCAGAUGGUCAUUGGCAAACUUCAGAUGGGCCUGGACAUGCGCUGGCUUGAGCAGGGGGACCUUGCGUGCGCUGCAGGAUUUUAAUCCAUGACGGCGUAGUGUGUUACUAAUGGUUUUCUUUGAGACUGUGGUCCCAGCUCUCUUCAGGUCAUUGACCAGGUCCUGCCGUGUAGUUCUGGGCUGAUCCCUCACCUUCCUCAUGAUCAUUGAUACCCCACGAGGUGAGAUCUUGCAUGGAGCCCCAGACCGAGGGUGAUUGACCGUCAUCUUGAACUUCUUCCAUUUUCUAAUAAUUGCGCCAUCAGUUGUUGCCUUCUCACCAAGCUGCUUGCCUAUUGUCCUGUAGCCCAUCCCAGCCUUGUGCAUGUCUACAAUUCUAUCCCUGAUGUCCUUACACAGCUCUCUGGUCUUGGCCAUUGUGGAGAGGUUGGAGUCUGUUUGAUUGAGUGUGUGGACAGGUGUCUUUUAUACAAGUAACAAGUUCAAACAGGUGCAGUUGAGAGGUAAUGAGUGGAGAACAGGAGGGCUUCUUAAAGAAAAACUAACAGGUCUGUGAGAGCCGGAAUUCUUACUGGUUGGUAGGUGAUCAAAUACUUAUGUCAUGCAAUAAAAUGCAAAUUAAUUACUUAAAAAUCAUACAAUGUGAUUUUCUGGAUUUUUGUUUUAGAUUCCGUCUCUCACAGUUGAAGUGUACCUAUGAUAAAAAUGACAGACCUCUACAUGCUUUGUAAGUAGGAAAACCUGCAAAAUCGUCAGUGUAUCAAAUACUUGUUCUCCCCACUGUAUGUAUAGAUAUAUGUAUGUAUAUGUAUAUACCAUUUUUUCCCCCCUCUUCUGAAGCCAGGGAAAGUCUGACAAUGUCAUCGCUUUACAUUCAGAGUGCAGUCCUCUGCAAAUCUGCUGCCACUAAGUGUCAAGAGAAAGCAUGUGUUCACACAAAAUGCAACGUGAGCAAAUGAAAAAAUAUCUACACAGUAACCCGUGUACUCAGCAUGUGGCCAUGCUGCAUGAGAAGUACUUUCUGCUUUGAUUUAUGUUUUAGGCUACUCACAGAAAUGCAUGUAAUCUCCUACCAGUGAUAUUUUUUUCUCCAUUUGAAAUUUGUUUCACUCACAGAGAUACAUUAUCCCAAAUAAUAUCCCGUUAAUACAUUACUGCACAUGGCAUUAUUUCUUCAUAAAUGAGAGAUUCCCCCCCCCCCCCCCCCCCCCCCCCCCCCCCAACCUGGCAUUCCAAGAGCAUAAUGUGUUUGUCUUUGUCCAACCUGGAAAGUCCAGACUGUGCAAGUAUACUUUGGAUCCAACCUGGCAACCUUGGACUAUAAAAAGUACAAAGUAGCCUAUGCCUACCUGGCAGAAUGAUUAUUUGCAUCAAUCCAGUGGGCAUCAUUUGUUUUGCAAACUCCCUCCCAUGUGCUCUACAGAGAAUCUGCUAACCAAACAACAGUGCUGGUAGGUGCCUGCUCAGUUGAAUUAAAGGGUAACUACACUCUAAAUUUCUUAGAUUUUCCCAGACCUUAGGUAGUCUCCUUAUGUGGUUCAAGUAUUGUUGUGGACUUAGAACAUCCAAUUUUGUUUUCUGUAAAUAAAACAAAGUGUGAUUUUUGAGAGCGAAAACCUAAAAGAAACUUGGACAUUUUUUUGGUAUCGAGUGUUGUGAUACUAAACCUGGUAUCGGUAUCAAAGUAAAAAUUCUGGUAUAGUGACAAAACUACCUCAGCCUUAGAAAGUGUUAUAUGCCAACCUGGCAACCUCAGACUAUAAAUGGUGAUUUUCUACCCAACAUGGCAAUCUCAAACUAUAGAUAGUGAUCGUGACCGAACCUGGCAACCUCAGACUAUAACAUUUUGACCUAACCUGUCAACCUUUGACUAUAAAGGGUCAUUUUGACCCAACCUGGCAAUCCAAGACUAUAAAAGGAGAUUUUCCAACCUGGCAACCUCAGAUUAUAAAAGGGGAUUUUUCACCCAGCCUGGCACCCCGUUGCUCUGUCAUGUUUGUCUGAUGAUGUGUUCAGACGACACCCCUGAAUUCCCAGACACCUCAUCAUCCUUUGCUUCAAUUGCCCACGGAAACUUCUCCUGGAUUAUUACAGAAACAGAUUGUGCCUUUCUCUAAGCAGUAAGAAGCAGAUUAUUCAGUCAACCUUUUAUCUGUUCUUGAUUAUGGGGAUAUUAUUUAUCAAAGUGCAGCUGAUACUACUCUUAAACCUUUGGAUUCCCUUCGUUUUGUUACAGGUGACAGUUUUGAUACUCAUCACUGCAUCCUGUAUCAAAAGGUUGGCUAAAGACCCGUAGAUCUCUACAUUACUCCCUUUUGCUUACAAGGCCCUACUUCAUAAACUUCCGUCUUAUCUAACUUUGCUGUUGAAGUAUAGACACUUGAGUUGCCAAACCCGUUCACAGGAUUGGUUAACUUUUUAGGUUCCUAGGGUCUCCACCAAGCUAGGUAAAUGUGCUUUUAGUUAAAUGCACAGUAUUGCUGGAACAAAACUGAUGUUCUGGUGCCAUUCGGGCAAUUUAAAGUAUUAAUUGGGGACUCCCUCUGCUCCUGUAUUACUGCCCACGGAAACAGAGGGAUGAAAAAGUGACACAAUGUAAAAGCCCCCCGUGUAGCUCAGUUGGUAGAGCAUGGCGCUUGCAACGCCAGGUUUGUGGGUUCAUUUCCCACGGGGGGCCAGUAUGAAAAUGUAUGCACUCACUAACUGUAAGUUGCUCUGGAUAAGAGCGUCUGCUAAAUGACUUAAAAUGUAACUGGAAGGCCACACUAACAGAACAGGACUCUGGGCAGACAGCCAGUCCGAAGAGAAUGCUCUGUCACUUCUUAUAGCUCUCCAGACUAGACAGAAAGCGCUUGGCAGUGGUGUUUUGUUUUGUGUCUUUUUUCUCCUUCCUUUAUUUGACCACUGAGGGGAGGUUGAGAGGAUAGGCUAACUACUGUAUAUGUCUGUAGUUAAAGGGUAAAGGGUCCAGUACUCUGUUGUUAAAGGGUAAAGGGUCCAAUACUCUGUUGUUAAAGGGUAAAGGGUCCAAUACUCUGUUGUUAAAGGGUCCAGUACUCUGUUGUUAAAGGGUCCAAUACUCUGUUGUUAAAGGGUAAAGGGUCCAAUACUCUGUUGUUAAAGGGUAAAGGGUCCAGUACUCUGUUGUUAAAGGGUCCAGUACUCUGUUGUUAAAGGGUAUUGUACUCUGCCUCCCACCGGUCUCAGCUUGUGGUCAUUAAGGCCAGGAUCAGACCAAACCGCCUGGCCUGAAACAAGUAAUGUUAGAGGUUGCAACCAAAUGACUCAUCUUCUCUCUUUCCUCUUCUCUCUCCUCUCUCUCUUUUCUCUUUCUUCUCCCUCCCUCCAUCUCUCAACUCCAUUUCCCCUUCUCCUUCUCUCUCGGUUUCUUGAUUCUCCCUCUCUUUCUUUCCCCUCUCAUACCCUUCUUCUCGCGCUUCUCUACUCACCCCCUCACAAGAAAAACAAGGUGAGAUGACUUUUGCCCUGUCGUGCUCACCUCGGUCAUCAUGAGUGGCGCAGUGGUCUAAGGCACUGCAUCGCAGUGCUAACUGUGCCACUAGAGAUCCUGGUUCGAAUCCAGGCUCUGUCGCAACCGGCCGCGACCGGGAGACUCAUGGGCGGCGCACAAUUGGCCCAGUGUCGUCCAGGGUAGGGGAGGGAAUGGCCGGCAGGGAUGUAGCUCAGUUGAUAGAGCAUGGCAUUUGCAACACCAGGGUUGUGGGUUCGAUUCCCACGGGGGGGCCAGUAUAAAAAAAAUAUGUAUUCACUAACUGUAAGUCGCUCUGGAUAAGAGCGUCUGCUAAAUGACUAAAAUGUAAAAUCUAAAUGAAGUGCUUCGAGAGGCUGGUCAUGUCCCACAUCAAGGCCAGCAUGCCAGGCACACUGGACCCACUGCCAUUUCCAUCGCUAUUCACACGGCCAUAACACAUCUGGAAAAGAGGAACACCUAUGUGAGAAUGCUGUUCAUUGACUACAGUUCAGCAUUCAACACUAUUGUUCCCACCAAGCUCCGAGCCCUUGGUCUGGACACCUCCCUCUGCAACUGGAUCUUGGACUUCCUGACGGGCAGACCACAGGCUGUGAGAAUAGACAACAACACCACCUCUACACUGAUUCUUAACACAGGGGCCCCUCAUGGGUUUUGCAUGACACAAAGGGGCUUUGCAAGACUCCAUCAACAAGGUUGCUGACAACACCACGGUUGUAGGCCUGAUAACCAACAACGACGAGUCAGCCUAUAAUGGAGGAGGUAAGUGAACUGACAUUGUGGUGUCACGACAACAACUUCUCCCUCAACGUCAGCAAAACAAAAUAGUUGAUUGUUCUCUUCAGGAAGCAGAGGAGUUUUAAGUUCCUCGGCAACCACAUCACUGAGGACCAACAACACCACCGCUCUUGUCAAGAGGGCACAAAAACACCUCUACUUCCUAAGGCGGCUGAAAAAUGUGGCAUUCCGCCCGGGUCCUCUCCAAAUACUACCGUUGCACCAUCGAGAGCGUCCUGACUGGUUGCAUCACGGCCUGGUACGGGAAUUGCUCCAUGCACGACCACAAGGCCCUCCAGCGGGUGGUGAAGAUGACCCAUGCUUCCACCCAUCCAGGACAUCUACUCGAAACAGUGCCUGAGGAAGGCACGCAGCAACAUCAAGGACCCUACACACUCCAGCCACGAGCUGUUCUCUCCCUUACCGUCGGGCAGACGGUAUCGGCGCAUGAGGUCUGAUACCAACAGGCUCGGAGACAGGUUCUAUCUACAAGCCAUCAGACUGCUGAACACUUGAACUGGACUGACCACCUGCUCUGAUUCUCUGCACUUAGCACACAUGCACUCACUCAUGCACACACCCACACAGACAUACACACAAACACACAUAUACAGUGGGGAGAACAAGUAUUUGAUACACUGCCGAUUUGCAGGUUUUCCUACUUACAAAGCAUGUAGAGGUCUGUAAUUUUUAUCAUGGGUACACUUCAACUGUGAGAGACGGAAUCUAAAACAAAAAUCCAGAAAAUCACAUUGUAUGAUUUUUAAGUAAUUAAUUUGUAUUUUAUUGCAUGACAUAAGUAUUUGAUACAUCAGAAAAGCAGAACUUAAUAUUUGGUACAGAAACCUUUGUUUGCAAUUACAGAGAUCAUUCGUUUUCUGUAGGUCUUGACCAGGUUUGCACACACUGCAGCAGGGAUUUUGGCCCACUCCUCCAUACAGACCUUCUCCAGAUCCUUCAGGUUUCGGGGCUGUCGCUGGGCAAUACGGACUUUCAGCUCCCUCCAAAGAUUUUCUAUUGGGUUCAGGUCUGGAGACUGGCUAGGCCACUCCAGGACCUUGAGAUGCUUCUUACGGAGCCACUCCUUAGUUGCCUUGGCUGUGUGUUUCGGGUCGUUGUCAUGCUGGAAGACCCAGCCUCGACCCAUCUUCAAUGCUCUUACUGAGGGAAGGAGGUUGUUGGCCAAGAUCUCGUGAUACAUGGCCCCAUCCAUCCUCCCCUCAAUACGGUGCAGUCGUCCUGUCCCCUUUGCAGAAAAGCAUCCCCAAAGAAUGAUGUUUCCACCUCCAUGCUUCACGGUUGGGUUGGUGUUCUUGGGGUUGUACUCAUCCUUCUUCUUCCUCCAAACACGGCGAGUGGAGUUUAGACCAAUAAGCUAUAUUUUGGUCUCAUCAGACCACAUGACCUUCUCCCAUUCCUCCUCUGGAUCAUCCAGAUGGUCAUUGGCAAACUUCAGACGGGCCUGGACAUGCGCUGGCUUGAGCAGGGGGACCUUGCGUGCGCUGCAGGAUUUUAAUCCAUGACGGCGUAGUGUGUUACUAAUAGUUUUCUUUGAGACUAUGGACCCAGCUCUCUUCAGGUCAUUGACCAGGUCCUGCCGUGUAGUUCUGGGCUGAUCCCUCACCUUCCUCAUGAUCAUUGAUGCCCCACGAGGUGAGAUCUUGCAUGGAGCCCCAGACCGAAGGUGAUUGACCGUCAUCUUGAACUUCUUCCAUUUUCUAAUAAUUGCGCCAUCAGUUGUUGCCUUCUCACCAAGCUGCUUGCCUAUUGUCCUGUAGCCCAUCCCAGCCUUGUGCAGGUCUACAAUUUUAUCCCUGAUGUCCUUACACAGCUCUCUGGUCUUGGCCAUUGUGGAGAGGUUGGAGUCUGUUUGAUUGAGUGUGUGGAUAGGUGUCUUUUAUACAGGUAACGAGUUCAAACAGGUGCAGUUAAAACAGGUAAUGAGUGGAAAACAGGAGGGCUUCUUAAAGAAAAACUAACAGGUCUGUGAGAGCCGUAAUUCUUACUGGUUGGUAGGUGAUCAAAUACUUAUGUCAUGCAGUAAAAUGCAAAUUAAUUACUUAAAAAUCAUACAAUGUGAUUUUCUGGAUUUUUGUUUUAGAUUCCAUCUCUCACAGUUGAAGUGUAGCUAUGAUAAAAAUUACAGACCUCUACAUGCUUUGUAAGUAGGAAAACCUGCAAAAUCGUCAGUGUAUCAAAUACUUGUUCUCCCCACUGUACAUUCAUGCUACACACACAUCACAACUGUUGCUACCAGACUCUUAUUAUACUGCUAAAUUUAAACACUUGCCCCCAUCCCCCCUUCCCCAAUACACAUGUAAAUAUUGCCCUAGAAAUUGUGCCUUCAUGUAUUAUACUUAUGCUAAAAUGUUUAUUCUAUUCUACUGCCAUUUAUUUUAUGUUCGUAUUCUUAUGUUUUAUUAUUUCUUAUUGUUGUUGUAUAUUAGUAUUUAAAGAAUUGGAAUACACCAGGUGCUACAGCUACUAGCAUAGCUUGCUAUCCUAGUUGUGGAUCUACUCAUACACCAUCUAGCAUUCCGUAGCUAGCCACCUCAGGACAAAAUCUAUUCAGAUACAACUGAAGUUGCAACUGUUAACAUAGCACACUAUCUCAGCAUUGUAUGUCUCUUAUACACCUCACCAGUUACACACAGCAGUUACCCAUAGCAGUCCACAUAUCUCAGUAUUGGAUCAAUUGUAAUACAUCCUGAGCUACAUAGAUGAGAUUGAUACAACAAGGACAUAGUGUAAAGCUGCUGAGUUAAAGAUUCAAUGAAAGAGAGAGAGUGGUUAAAUCCUGGACCACUAUGGGAAUGACUAGACUAGAGCAGGGUUUCCCAAACUCUGUCCUGGGACCCCCUGGGUGUACGUUUUGGUUUUUGCCCUACCACUACGCAACUGAUUCAAAUAACCAUCUCAUAAUCAAGCUUGAUGAUUUGAAUCAGCUGUGACUGGUAGUAGGAUACAUGUAUAUACAUACUUAUGGUAAUAUACUAAUGGUAAUGUCACGCCCUAGCUCGGGGGACUCUCGUAUGUUGAGCCAGGGUGUUAGUUUCUAUGUUUUGUUGUGGGUCUAGGUUAUUGUAUUUCUUUGUUUGAGUGACUCCCAAUCAGAGGUAACGAGUGUCAGCUGUUGGCUCGUUGUCUCUGAUUGGGAGCCAUAUUUAACUAUCUGUCUUUCACGUUGUGUUUGUGGUUUCUUGUUCAUUUUGUUCCGUGUUGGUUUGUUUUUGUAACCAAGGACGUCACGUUUCGUUGUUUUGAUCGUGUGAUCUUGAUAAAAUAAAUAUGUUUGCUUUCAACGCUGCGCCUUGGUCCUCUCCCUCCUUAAGCGAUCGUGACAGAAGAAACCACCAAGAUGGGACCAAGCAGCGUGUCCAGGAGCCAUCGCCAGGGAGAUCCCUCACAGAUCUCCUUCGCCUCCUGGACUGGGUCAAGCCGAGGGAGGAAGACAAGGGCUUGACAUUAUGGCAGAAGGGCGAGAGGCUGGCGAGGGAUAUGGAGACCUGGUCCACGGGUAGGAGAGACGCCCCGAAAAUUUUUAGGGGGGGGCUCACGACGUCGGACCAGCAGGAGGCCGCGAUAGAGCGGCCCAGUGGGUUGCCGGAGAAGGCCGCCAGGUUACGGGGGCCACUGGUCGAAGAGGGGAUGGAGGAAGUAGAGGCACGGCGAGAGGUACUGGCGUGUGUUGCCAGUCCGGUCCGGCCCGUUCCAGAUCCCGGUGUAGAGCUAGUGGUGUGUGUCCCCAGUACGGUCCGGUCUAUUCCUGCUCCCCGCACCGAACCUGCGGUGCGCGUCGCCAGCCCAGUCCGGCCCAUUCCUGCUCCCCGCAUCAAGUCUGUGGUGCGUCUCGUCAGCCCGGCUCUGCCCGUUCCUGCUCCCCGCACCAGGUCUGUGGUGCGCGUCGCCAGCCCAGUCCGGCCCAUUCCUGCUCCCCGCAUCAAGCCUGUGGUGCGUCUCGUCAGCCCGGCUCUGCCCGUUCCUGCUCCCCGCACCAGGUCUGUGGUGCGCGUCGCCAGCCCAGUCCGGCCCAUUCCUGCUCCCCGCGUCAAGUCUGUGGUGCGUCUCGUCAGCCCGGCUCUGCCCGUUCCUGCUCUCCGCACCAGGUCUGUGGUGCGCGUCGCCAGCCCGGUCCGGCCCAUUCCUGCUCCCAGCACCAAGUCUGUGGGGCGUUUCGUCAGCCCUGUCCGGCCCGCUCCUGCUCCCCACACCAAGCCAGUGGUGUGCGUCGUCAGUGCAGCACGGCCCGUGCCUGUUCCCCACACCAAGCCAGUGGUGUGCGUCGUCGGUCCGGCACGGCACGUGCCUGUUCCACUGGAGCCGGAUCCGCCGCCUAGGCGGAGUGCCCACCCAGUCCCUCCCCUGUUGUGUUUCGUUGGCGCGGUCGGAGUCCGCGCCUUUAGGGGGGGGUACUGUCACGCCCUGGCUCGGGGGACUCUCGUAUGUUGAGCCAGGGUGUUAGUUUCUAUGUUUUGUUGUGGGUCUAGGUUAUUGUAUUUCUUUGUUUGAGUGACUCCCAAUCAGAGGUAACGAGUGUCAGCUGUUGGCUCGUUGUCUCUGAUUGGGAGCCAUAUUUAACUAUCUGUCUUUCACGUUGUGUUUGUGGUUUCUUGUUCAUUUUGUUCCGUGUUGGUUUGUUUUUGUAACCAAGGACGUCAUGUUUCGUUGUUUUGAUCGUGUGAUCUUGAUAAAAUAAAUAUGUUUGCUUUCAACGCUGCGCCUUGGUCCUCUCCCUCCUUAGACGAUCGUGACAGGUAAUAUAUACAUGUAAACAGAAGUUAUAGUGACCAGUAGAUAAAUAGAUCCAUUAGAUACUAAUGGUAAUGGCAAUCAAUAAUCAAUGAACAGCAGCAUAGGGGUGGUAUUAAAUCAAAUCCAAAAUCAUUUUAGCAUCAGCGUAGGUGAGGGGGGUGUGUAUGUAUGGGUGUAAGUGUGUGGCGUCAGUGAUGAGUGUGUGAGUGACAGGGAAGGUGUGUGCGUCUGAGUGGGUAGAGACCUGUGGAUGGGCACAGAGUCAGUGUAGAUAGUCUGUGGGGGAGGGACAGCAGUAGUUAGACAUUUAACAUUUGGAACACAUCCAAUAAGUUAAACAGCCUUGUGAUCCUUUCAAACGCUUCAUGGCUUCUCAUUGACUGACCUCUUUGUGUUUUCUGCUGUUUUCUAGAUUUAUUUGCAACAAUUAUGAAAUUAUGGAAGAUUUCCAUGAGGUGAUGAUAUAUUACUUGGAAUCUAUGAAAGAGAUGUUUAUCUUAAUAAGGAAAUACCAGUUGAUCUAAAGGUUUGAUGUGAAGAAAAAUACACAAGGGAUAUUAUGUUUUUCGGACCUGUGUGUUGUUUCGUCCAACUGAAAGUCAAAGCCUUUGGCAGUAGUUGUCUAGCAGAUUGUGUCCACAGCGGGAGGCUGACAUGGGGUGUGGAUGGGUGUGUUUGAAUGGCCACCUCUGCUUGUUUCUAUUUGGCAUGGCAGCAUUUUAGAGUCAGUUUAGACUUUUGGACCAAGGCAAAUACAGCAACCUGUAGAAUCCCCUAAAGACUUCUAACCCUGAUAGUUUGUCAAAUGUUUUCAUACCUAUAUAGUGGCAUUGUGUCAAGCUGAAUGUAUAUAUUCAACAUAAUCUAUUGUUUGAUCUUGUUGUAUGCAUUUAUGUGAUAACUGUUCACUCUAUUAACUGUCCGUUCACUCUCUUAUCCUCCUCUUCCUCCUCCUCUCUCUUAGGUCUGUCUGGUAACCCAGUGGAUCUGGAGAAGCGCCACACAGCGUUUGGGAAGAACUUCAUCCCUCCUAAGCAGCCUAAGUCCUUCCUGGCGCUGGUGUGGGAGGCUCUACAGGAUGUUACUCUAAUCAUCCUGGAGAUUGCUGCCGUCAUCUCCCUGGGCCUGUCCUUCUACCACCCCCCUGGGGGAGAUAGCGAACGUGAGUAGUACACCCUAACCCAUGGCAGUUAGAACGGGUGGGAGGGGUGGGGACUGGGGCAUGAAGGGAGAAUUGAGGGUUUGCAAAUGUUUUAAUUUCCUGUUCCACUGACCUGGUCGUGUUGUGGUCUUGUAUCACUGACCUGGUCGUGUUGUGGUCUUGUAUCACUGACCUGGUCGUGUUGUGGUCUUGUAUCACUGACCUGGUCGUGUUGUGGUCUUGUAUCACUGACCUGGUCGUGUUGUGGUCUUGUAUCACUGACCUGGUCGUGUUGUGGUCUUGUAUCACUGACCUGGUCGUGUUGUGGUCUUGUAUCACUGACCUGGUCGUGUUGUGGUCUUGUAUCACUGACCUGGUCGUGUUGUGGUCUUGUAUCACUGACCUGGUCGUGUUGUGGUCUUGUAUCACUGACCUGGUCGUGUUGUGGUCUUGUAUCACUGACCUGGUCGUGUUGUGGUCUUGUAUCACUGACCUGGUCGUGUUGUGGUCUUGUAUUACUGACCUGGUCGUGUUGUGGUCUUGUAUUACUGACCUGGUCGUGUUGUGGUCUUGUAUCACUGACCUGGUCGUGUUGUGGUCUUGUAUUACUGACCUGGUUGUGACCUGAUCAUGUUGUGGUGCUGUGUUCUGCUUUCCCCAGUGUGUGGUGAGACAGCGUCUGGAGUGGAGGAUGAAGGCGAGGCGCAGGCGGGCUGGAUCGAGGGCGCCGCCAUCUUGUUCUCUGUUGCCAUCGUUGUCUUGGUAACGGCAUUUAAUGACUGGAGCAAGGAGAAGCAGUUCCGCGGGCUGCAGAGCCGAAUCGAGCAGGAGCAGAAGUUCACCGUCAUCCGCAAAGGCCAGGUCAUCCAGAUCCCUGUGUCCGAACUAGUAACGGGAGACAUUGCCCAGAUCAAAUACGGUAAGACAUGGUUCAGAUAAAAUAAAAGCUAUCACUUGAAUGAAACAUGCUGUGACAUUCCCCUUCCAUUGGAAGUAUUUGAAAGUAUUUUCUAAUAAAUUACUAUAAAUAGCCUACUAUUUGAAAGUAUUAACAAAUACUUAUUUCCAAAUAGGCCUACAUUAUUUAAAAUACCAAACCGACCUGGUUCAAAUGCAUGGGAGUAUUAAAGUAUUUGUAUAAAUACUGUGUAUUUGAUUAUUUUCAAAUACAUGCCAAUACAUUACAAGUGUAUUUCCAAAUACAUUCCAAUAUUCAACUACUUGUUUUGAAAUAAAAAAUAUCCAAAUACUUACCUCCAAAUUAUUCUGAAAGUAAAUGAAAUACCCUAAAUAGAAUUUGAACCUAGGUCUGGAUACAGUGAACCAAUAUGAUGAGGUAACACAUUGACCAAAUGUACAAAGGUACGGAAUAUGGUGAGACAUUGUAUAUCACAGUCAUAUAACUGUGUAACUGUUUCCUAGGUGAUCUUCUGCCAGCUGAUGGUAUCCUGAUCCAGGGAAACGACCUGAAGAUUGACGAAAGCUCUCUGACCGGUGAAUCAGACCAAGUCAGGAAGUCCCUGGAGAAAGACCCCAUGCUGCUGUCCGGUGAGAGCGCCUAUUCAUAAUAUCACUAUUAUCAGACAUUCACUAUCCCAGUCAGGACCUCUGUUGUUUUAAAUGAUAACAUAUGAUGUGUGAUUCAGUAUGGAGACUGAAAAUGGAGGACACAAUGGAAUAACAUACAGCAUAGUCAUUCAUACAUACAGCACAGUCAUUCAUACAUACAGCACAGUCAUUCAUACAUAUAGCACAGUCAUUCAUACAUAUAGCACAGUCAUUCAUACAUACAUACAUACAUACAUACAUACAUACAGCACAGUCAUUCAUACGUAUAGCACAGCCAUUCAUACAUACAGUACAGUCAUUCAUACAGUGAGGGAAAAAAGUAUUUGAUCCCUUGCUGAUUUUGUGCUUUUGCCCACUGACAAAGUAUCAGUCUAUAAUUGUAAUGGUAGGUUUAUUUGAACAGUGAGAGACAGAAUAACAACAAAAAAAUCCAGAAAAAUGCAUGUCAAAAAUGUAUUUGACCCCUCUGCCAAACAUGACUUUGUGAUUGCCAACAAGGGUUUUGCCACCAAGUACUGAGGUCAGACGUUUCUUGUAGUUGGCCACCAGGUUUGCAAACAUCUCAGGAGGGAUUUUGUCCCACUCCUCUUUGCAGAUCUUCUCCAAGUCAUUAAGGUUUCGAGGCUGACGUUUGGCAACUCAAACCUUCAGCUCCCUCCACAUAUUUUCUAUGGGAUUAAGGUCUGGAGACUGGCUAGGCCACUCCAGGACCUCAAUGUGCUUCUUCUUGAGCCACUCCUUUGUUGCCUUGGCCGUGUGUUUUGGUUCAUUGUCAUGCUGGAAUACCCAUCCACGACCCAUUUUCAAUGCCCUGGCUGAGGGAAGGAGGUUCUCACCCAAGAUUUGACGGUGCUUUGAUGCGGUGAAGUUGUCUGUCCCCUUAGCAGAAAAACACCCCCAAAGCAUAAUGUUUCCACCUCCAUGUUUGACGGUGGGGCUGGUGUUCUUGGGGUCAUAGGCAGCAUUCCUCCUCCUCCAAACACGGCGAGUUGAGUUGAUGCCAAAGAGCUCCAUUUUGGUCUCAUCUGACCACAACACUUUCACCCAGUUCUCCUCUGAAUCAUUCAGAUGUUCAUUGGCAAACUUCAGAAGGGCAUGUAUAUGUGCUUUCUUGAGCAGGGGGACCUUGCGGGCGCUGCAGGAUUUCAGUCCUUCACGGCGUAGUGUGUUACCAAUUGUUUUCUUGGUGACUAUGGUCCCAGCUGCCUUGAGAUCAUUGACAAGAUCCUCCCGUGUAGUUCUGGGCUGAUUCCUCACCGUUCUCAUGAUCAUUGCAACUCCACGAGGUGAGACCUUGCAUGGAGCCCCAGGCCGAGGGAGAUUGACAGUUCUUUUGUGUUCCUUCCAUUUGCGAAUAAUCGCACCAACUGUUGUCACCUUCUCACCAAGCUGCUUGGUGAUGGUCUUGUAGCCCAUUCCAGCCUUGUGUAGGUCUACGAUCUUGUGCCUGACAUCCUUGGAGAGCUCUUUGGUCUUGGCCAUGGUGGAGAGUUUGGAAUCUGAUUGAUUGAUUGCUUCUGUGGACAGGUGUCUUUUAUACAGGUAACAAACUGAGAUUAGGAGCACUCCCUUUAAGAGUGUGCUCCUAAUCUCAGCUCGUUACCUGUAUAAAAGACACCUGGGAGCCAGAAAUCUUUCUGAUUGAGAGGGGGUCAAAUACUUAUUUCCCUCAUUUAAAAUGCAAAUCAAUUUAUAACAUUUUUGACAUGCGUUGUUCUGGAUUUUUUUGUUGUUAUUCUGUCUCUCACUGUUCAAAUAAACCUACUAUUAAAAUUAUAGACUGAUAAUUUCUUUGUCAGUGGGCAAACGUACAAAAUCAGCAGGGGAUCAAAUACUUUUUUCCCUCACUGUACAUACAGUGAUUCAUACAUACAACACAGUCAUUCAUACAUACAACACAGUCAUUCAUACGUACAGCAUAGUCAUUCAUACGUACAGCACAGUCAUUCAUACAUAUAGCACAGUCAUUCAUACAUAUAACACAGUCAUGACCUUUCCGUUAAUGUGCUAGUAUCUAAUUUAUCUUCUCUCUCUCUCUCUCUCUCCUUCCCCACUCUCUUCUUAUCCUCUCUCUUUCUCCCCCUUCCCUCCCUUCCUCCACCAGGCACCCAUGUGAUGGAGGGUUCAGGUAGAAUGAUGGUGUCUGCAGUGGGUCUCAACUCCCAGACUGGAAUCAUCUUCACUCUGCUUGGGGCGGGAGACUGCGACGAGGAAAAGAAGAUCAAGAAAGGUGAGAGAUGGGGGGGGGGGGAACGAGGACAAAUGCACAUCGCCACGGUAACAGUUCACAGAGUCAGUGACUGGCUUUUUCCCCAAUCUAUCUCCUGUCUGUGUGUUUCUAUCUGCUGAGCUAUCCUUGUCUUUCUACGUGAGCUCUCUGUUUGCUGGUUCCCUGAGGUAAGAUUCUAGUGGAAGGACGAGUUACUGCAGUCUGUUGAACUCUAGAAUGAUGUAAAGAAAGAUGGGACAGCCAUGAUAAACACUGUACUAUGGAGGCCAGAGGUUCCAUUCAGUUUCAUUGACAUCGCUGUCUUAUUCUUAUUUAUCUAAUCCCUGGUGUUAGUUUUCUCAUCCAAGCCAAGGCCCUUUCUAGACCACUCCUUCGUAGGAGUGGUUCUGUUCUGUUCAUGGACGAUUGGGUGGUCAUUCUAUGCCACAGACCCACUGUCAGGAAAAACUGAUUUCCACUCUUUCAUCCCUCCCUUUUGUAUCUGUUCUAAUUAAACAACACUAAGGCCUCCAGUACAGUUAAUCUACGUAUCUAUCAACAUGGUCUCUAAUGAGCUUGUGUUCCAUACUAACACUUAGCUGGGUUUUCUUUUCUGUUGGGUAAGAGUUUUUUUGCUACGAUUUUUUGUUUUUCAGGCAUUCAUUCUAAAGGGGCUGAAUGCGCCAGCUCAGAGGAGGGAGCUGCAAGACAACGACUCAUUCCAUUUGGCAUCUUUAGUCAUCACAAAAUUAGACUGUGAUUUCAAUUGUUCAUGAAACCGUAGAGCACAGCCGUCAUGAUCUUAAUGUUAUGGGUUUAUUAGAGAGUAGAUCAGACCAAGUACAGGCUAGUUAGUUACACACGCACACACUGGCUGCAGCACAGGCACGCACACUGGGUGUUGAACUGUCGGUCUUCCUCUAAGACAGGUGUAUACAGCGAGGAUGGAGGCAGAGAGCAGACACACUUAGAAGCACACACACACUAACACACCUCCCCCUCACAUUCACACACAGACUCAGACAUACUCACCUUCCUUACGCUCACUCAUGCAAACACACUUUCCCUUCACACACACACACGAAGACUGUCAAACACUUACACACACACCUCUCUGCCACAGACACACAUACUGAUACAGUGACUCAGAGAGCAGAGGAGAGGGGGCAGAGUGGCCGACUGAGGCUUCAAGGCUUGCUGCUGCUCAGCUGUCAACUGCUACACACACACACACCUCCCUUCACCAUCACACUCAGGCAGAAAUGACUGCUUCCCCUAAUGUCAAGACAGGGCCAUGAGUGAGUGGAUGGUAGGUGUGUGUGUGGUGCAUGCAUGUUCUUAUAAACGUAUUUCUGUUAGUUACACAUGUAUUGAUUGAAACAGACAAGAGCCCAUUGUCACCAGUAACAGAUCCUGCUGUCUGUGGAUGGAUGCUCUAUAUUACUCUACAGCCUUAAACCAACUAGUGUUCUCUCUCCUCUGACGGCCCGUUCCAGCCCCCAACACACAUGUGAAUUUAUAUUGUUUUGAUCUUCUGUUUUGUUUUGGUUUUAUGAUUUUUUAUUUCCUUUAAGCCAUGUUAUCAGCAUUCCGCACUCUCUCUCUGUCUGAACAGGUAAAAAACAAGGACCCCCCGAAAAUCGCAACAAAGGUAACCCCUCCCUCCAUCCCUCCCUCCCCCCUUCCAUUCAGCAGCAGUCUGGGAGUUUCGUGUCAGUCUUUUCUCUCACUCUCUCCCUCUCUCUCUCAUGCUCACGCUUCCCUCCACCUGCUGAAAAGGGGAGGUUCUUCUCGCCUCGCUUUACCUGUGAAUGGAUGCAACUCUCACCCGCCACUGGCCACAGAGAGAGAAUUGUGGUUAGCCGUCAAUGCUACUAUUGUAGACAGAUAUCCAUCUCAAAGCUACCUAGGGUUAGCAUUCAGCGCUACUGUUGUAGACUAUAUCCUUCAGAGCUAUGAGGGGUUAGUAUAACACAACUGUAGUCAACCCUUAUCCCUCACAGAGCUUCCCAGGGUUAUCCUUCUUUAUCCUUCUGUUGUAGACUACUACAGGUAUAUCUGUCUGGGAAGCUCUGUGAGGGAUAAGGGUUGACUACAGUUGUGUUAUACUAACCCUAUAUGGGGUUAAAAUAGCACAAGAACUCCAGUAAAGUUGUAUUUCCUUCUAGAGCUAAAUGGGGUUAGCUUUACCUUGCUCACAGAGCUGCUAAAGGGUUAGUUCUACUAACCCCAUAUAAUAAGUUGCACCAACUUCACAUGCUAUGUUUAGAUGGACACCCGGGGUGUUGUAGCUCCUGCAGCUUGCCUGGCCUGGACAGGUCCACCCUCCAUGUGGUGUGUCGUCCAGAACUCAUCCAAGCGGUCUACCCCCCCCCCCCCCCCCCCCCCCCCCCCCUCACAGACCCUCCCCAGCCCUCCUGCCCUCUCCUCUCUCCUUCCCCUUGCCCUUGGACUUUAUCACUAGUAAACAGCUUCUCUCGUCUCUAGCAUGGAGUGGUAGCUAAUGCUAGAGUAAAAGUCUGCUAAAUGGCAUAUUAUUUAUAUUAUUAUUAAAAGAACAUUAAAUUAAUUGGGACAGGUUGACUCGACCUACAUUCACAACAGGAAAUAUAUAUUCUGAAAACGUCCACAUACUGAUUUUAAUUCAGUAGUUUACCCAGUGUAGUAGCUUUAUGGACGCCAUGUAAUCUCUGGCUCCUGAGAGGAAAUGGAAUAGGAGUGGUAGGACCCCUGAUAUCAUGUUUCAGGGUCUGGGAAUUUGGUAAUCGUUUUUGGGUUUAGUUUAAAAAAGAAGGGAUCUAAACAGAUUUAUAAUAGACAUUCUAUCUAGAAUUAUAAUAUAAAUUCUACUAUUCUAUCUAUCUAAAGCUAACUCCAGAACUAGGGUCUAGGGAUUAGGGAGACUGUACUAACUCUGGGAAGUGGCUCAGUGUGGGAGUUGCACCCUGACAUUAUCAAUGGGCUGUGGAUUGUUGUCUGUUCUGUUUUUGUAUUCUGUUUCUUUUCUCUCACUGUUGCCUCUUUCCAGGAUGUUGCUCAGGACCUCAUGCUGUCUCGUACUCUCUUCUCGCGAUCACUGUUUGACGCUACCUCUCUUUCCUUAUUUUUCUCUGUCUCUUUCGCAAAUAAAAACUACCUCUGGAGAUGUGCAACCUCCUCUUCUACCUCCUCCUCCUUUUCUUUUUGUGGUGGUUGUAUCUCUCUGCUUUGUUUUUUUGUUCUCUUUUAUUCAGUUUGUCAGUAUCUUUGUUUGAGUUAAUUUUUUUUGGUAACACACUCGCCCCCCCCCCUCUUCGUCGUGGUCCGUGCUGCGUCUGUAAGUGCUGUGCAUCCGUCAGUGAGUCAGUCCGCCCGUGCAUCAGUCUGCCAGUCCAGUCAGUGUGUGGCUGUGUUCAGUCUGAUGGGUCUGGUCUAAUGGGUUUUAUGUUGGGACUGGUGGCCUACUCUGAGGGGUGGCAGAGUCACUAUGUUCAAUACAAGGGACUUCAUAUACAGACAUUUUAGGAGUGUGAGAAAAAAACAUGACAGCAAAAAUGACAUAGUACCAGUCAAAAGUUUGGACACACCUACUCAUUCAAGGGUUUUUCUUUAUUAAAAACUAUUUUUUACAUUGUAGAAUUAUAGUGAAGACAUCAAAAAUAUGAAAUAACACAUAUGAAAUCAUGUAGUAACCAAAAAAAGUGUUAAACAAAUCAAAAUAUAUUUUAUAUUUUCGUUUCUUCAAAUAGCCACCCUUUGCCUUGAUGACAGCUUGGCACACUCUUGGCAGUCUCUCAAUCAGCUUCACCUGGAAUGCUUUUCCAACAGUCUUGAAGGAGCUCCCAUGUAUGCUGAGCACUUGUUGGCUGCUUUUCCUUCACUCUGCCAUCCGACUCAUCCCAAACCAUCUCAAUUGUGUUGAGGUCUGGGGAUUGUGGAGGCCAGGUCAUCUGAUGCGGCUCUCCAUCACUCUCCUUGUUGGUAAAAUAGCCCUUACACAGCCUGGAGGUGUGUUGGGUCAUUUUCCUGUUGAAAAACAAAUGAUAGUCCCACUAAGCCCAAACCAGAUGGGAUGGCGUAUCGCUGCAGAAUGCUGUGGUAGCCAUGCUGGUUAAGUGUGCCUUGAAUUCUAAAUAAAUCACAGACAGUGUCACCAGCAAAGCACCCCCACACCAUAACACCUCCUCCUCCAUGCUUUACGGUGGUAACUACACAUGCAGAAAUCAUCCGUUCACCCACACCCCGUCUCACAAAGACACAGCGGUUUGAACAAAACAUUUCCAAUUUGGACUCCAGACCAAAGGACACAUUUCCACCGGUCUAUUGUCCAUUGCUUGUGUUUCUUGGCCCAAGCAGGUCUCUUCUUCUUAUUGGUGUCCUUUAGUAGUGGUUUCUUUGCAGUAAUUCGACCAUGAAGGCCUGAUUCACACAGUCCCCUCUGAACAGCUGAUGUUGAGAUGUCUCUAUGAACUUAUCCUCUGCAGCAGAGGUAAAUCUGGGUCUUACAUUCCUGUGGCGGUCCUCAUGAGAGCCAGUUUCAUCAUAGCGCUUGAUGGUUUUUGCGACUGCACUUGAAGAAACUUUCAAUGUUCUUGAAAUGUUCCGUAUUGGCUGACCUUCAUGUCUUAAAGUAAUGAUGGACUGUCGUUUCUCUUUGCUUAUUUGAGCAGUUGUUGCCAUAGUAUGGUCUUGGUCUUUUACCAAAUAGGGCUAUCUUCUGUAUACCCCCCCUACCGUGUCACAACACAACUGAUUGGCUAAAAUGCAUUAAGAAGGAAAGAAAUUCCACAAAUUAACUUUUAAGAAGGCACACCUGUUAAUUGAAAUGCAUUCCAGGUGACUACCUCAUGAAGCUGGUUGAGAGAAUUUCAAGAGUGUGCAAAGUUGUCAUCAAGGCAAAGGGUGGCUAUUUGAAUAAUCUCAAAUAUAAAAUAUAUUUUGAUUUGUUUAACAAAUUUUUUGGUUACUACAUGCCAAAUGUGUUAUUUCAUAGUUGUGAUGUCUUCACUAUUAUUCUACAAUGUAGAAAAUAGUAAAAAUAAAUAAAAACCCUUCAAUGAGUAGGUGUGUCCAAACUUUUGACUAGUAGUGUAGGUACAAAAUGAUCCGACUAGAUUGUAAAUUGACUGGUGUUGAGUGUUGCAUGGGCCACAAAUAGAAUCCAUAGCAAUGCAUAUGACGCUGAUUACCAUAGAAUACUGAUAUCUUUAUUCAUCUUUUACUUUAGCACCUUUAUUAGACUCACCCUUAGAUAUUGUGAAGUAUUUCUACUGUAAAAGAGACAGAGCUAGAGAACAAACAGAGCAAAUAUAAGCUAUUGAAGUGGUGAAAUGCAAAUAUCUUAUUUGCAUUUGUAAAACAUGACUGAGCUCAGUAGCAGAGAUUAAAUAUGUUCAGUUGACAAUCCCCCGCAAAGGAACCAUUGUAGAAUUUACAACUUGUAUCUCGAUGUUCUGAAUAUAUUCUCUGUUAUACGUAUGCUGUAAAACUGUGUCCAUAGACUCUUCUUGCCGCAUUUCCAUGGAGACUUACCCCCACACCAGUGUGUUGCCAGUGUUUUAUGUUAAUGUUUACUCUAGUGUAAUUGUGUGUCCAUCUGGAGAGUGACACUAAAGACUUGUGUAGAGCAGAAUCACACCCUCUGCAUCAUCAACACAGUUGCUAUGUGAGAAGGUGUUCACAGUUAGCCAUUGUUAUGUAAAUGCAGCUGAAAAGUACCAGUGGCCUGGCUUUGGCCCCAGGUGAGACACGGGUGCCGGCCCGUAUAGAUGGAAACAGAAAAAUCUGAGCCUUUUGGCUGAAACACUGGGGUAAAUCCUGUAUGGAAAUGCGCCAUCUGGGACAAGUUGUAUAGUGUUAAAUUGCUGCUACAAAUCAGUUUUGUAUAAUUAAAUCCUUACUUUUAUCUCAAGCAUUUCCUGAAGAAUUCUGUGUUGUGUGUUUACUCUUUCCAAUACUUCCCUGUUUUCGUAAUGUUUAUUUUCUGCAUUUUAGUAUUUAAACAAUCAAUCAGUUAAUUAUUGAGUACUAAUUUUACUUUAAUGUAGAAUAAAUCACAUUUGCUGAACUCUCCAAACUGACAGCUAACAAAUAAUAACAGCAGUGUUGAUCACAUUAAGGGAUCUGUUCUGGUUUAAGAGAUUAAGUGAUCCACAGCUGAGUUGGUUUAGUGGAUCACUGCUCAGGACCUGAGUCUGGUGGUCUGGUGACCGUGUUUCUGUCUCUCUUCCAACCGUAACUGAACCACAACCUCUCUGUGUCUCUCUACCCUUCACCCCAACCCCUCCUCGAUCCCCCUUCUUCCUGCCUCCUCCUUUUUGGAAUGUCUGUUCCUGCUCCUCUCCCCAACCCCCCAAAACCGCACCACCAACCAUCUCCAACCUCAUAUCACUACCCUCUUUACCCUCCCCAAACUUUUCCACCACACUAAUUGCCAUCCUCCACCUCCCUCUACCCUACCUAUUUCCCCAUCCCUCUACCCUGUCCCAUAGCUAAGACCCAGGACGGCAUUGCCCUGGAGAUCCAGCCCCUGAAGAGUGAGGUUGAGUCCGAGGAGAAAGAGCCGGAGGUGGAGGUCAAACAGGUGAAGAGGGUUCAGAUCACAAAGAAGGAGAAGUCUGUGCUGCAGGGCAAACUCACCAAACUGGCCGUGCUGAUCGGGAAGGCAGGUGAGGACGGAGGCAGAGAUACACGUAUACACAGGCACACAUAGAGACACACGCACAUACACAGAAAGAUAGAUACAUUUUACACACACACACACACACACACACACACACACACACACACACACACAGACCAUGCAGAUCGGGAAGGCAGGUACAGUGCCUUGCAAAAGUAUUCAUCCCCCUUGGCGGUUUUCCUAUUUUGUUGCAUUACAACCUGUAAUUUAAAUUGAAUUUUAUUUGGAUUUCAUGUAAUGGACAUACACAAAAUAGUCCAAAUUGGUGAAGUGAAAUUUUAAAAAUAACUUGUUUCAAAAAAUUCGUACAAAAUAAAUAACGGAAAAGUGGUGCGUGCAUAUGUAUUGACCCCCUUUGCUAUGAAGCCCCUAAAUAAGAUCUGGUGCAGCCAAUUACCUUCAGAAGUCACAUAAUUAGUUAAAUGAAGUCCACCUGUGUGCAAUCUAAGUGUCACAUGAUCUGUCACAUGAUCUCAGUAUAUAUACACCUGUUCUGAAAGGCCCCAGAGUCUGCAACACCACUAAGCAAGGGGCACCACCAAGCAAGCGGCACCAUGAAGACCAAGGAGCUCUCCAAACAGGUCAGGGACAAAGUUGUGGAGAAGUACAGAUCAGGGUUGGGUUAUAAAAAAAUAUCCAAAACUAUGAAAAAAUCUCACAGAGCACCAUUAAAUCCAUUAUUAAAAAAUGGAAAGAAUAUGGCACCACAACAAACCUGCCAAGAGAGGGCCGCCCACCGAAACUCACGGACCAGGCAAGGAGGGAAUUAAUCAGAGAGGCAACAAAGAGACCAAAGAUAACCCUGAAGGAUCUGCAAAGCUCCACAGCGGAGAUUGGAGUAUAUGUCCAUAGUACCACUUUAAGCCGUACACUCCACAGAGCUGGGCUUUACGGAAGAGUGGCCUGAAAAAAGCCAUUGCUUAAAGAAAAAAAUAAGGAAACACGUUUGGUGUUCGCCAAAAGGCAUGUGGGAGACUCCCCAAACAUAUGGAAGAAGGUACUCUGGUCAGAUGAGACAAAAAUUUUGCUUUUUGGCCAUCAAGGAAAACGCUAUGUCUGGCGCAAACCCAACACCUCUCAUCACCCCGAGAACACCAUCCCCACAGUGAAGCAUGGUGGUGGCAGCGUAAUGCUGUGGGAAUGUUUUUCAUCGGCAGGGACUGUGAAACUGGUCAGAAUUGAAGGAAUGAUAGAUGGCGCUAAAUACAGGGAAAUUAUUCAGGGAAACCUGUUUCUGUCUUCCAGAGAUUUGAGACUAGGACGGAGGUUCACCUUCCAGCAGGACAAUGACCCUAAACAUACUGCUAAAGCAACACUCGAGUGGUUUAAGGGAAAACGUUUAAAUGUCUUGGAAUGGCCUAGUCAAUGCCCAGACCUCAAUCCAAUUGAGAAUCUGUGGUAUGACUUAAAGAUUGCUGUACACCAGCGGAACCCAUCCAGCUUGAAGGAGCUGGAGCAGUUUUGCCUUGAAGAAUGGGCAAAAAUCCCAGUGGCUAGAUGUGCCAAGGUUAUGGAGACAUACCCCAAGAGACUUGCAGCUGUAAUUGCUGCAAAAGGUGGCUCUACAAAGUAUUGAAUUUGGGGGGUUGAAUAGUUAUGCAAGCUCAAGUUUUCUGUUUUUUUGUCUUAUUGUUUGUUUCACAAUAAAAAAUAUGUUGCAUCUUCAAAGUGAUAGGCAUGUUGUGUAAAUCAAAUGAUACAAACCCCCCAAAAUCCAUUUAAAUUCCAGGUUGUAAGGCAACAAAAUAAGAUAUGCCAAGGGGGGUGAAUACUUUCGCAAGCCACUGUAAGAACAGAGAAGGUCUUAAAAACAUUAGGACCCUGACACACGUACACACAGGUGUGCAUACAGAUGUAGGAUCUUAGUUUGAGGCAGUUUGCUACAGCAGGAAAAUAAUCCUGCAGCAACAGGAAAUGUGAAUUGUUAUGUGGCUUUUAAUGAAUGGACAUUUUUGUAGGGGUUAAAAAAAAUUUCGUAUGGGAAAAUCAAGUCUGAAAUUUCGAAGUGGAAAUUACAAACUUCAGAAGCCUUUUUAAACCUCAAAUACACUACAAGUUUAAGAUGUCCUCCUGCAGCAGGGUGAUCAAAUUAAGGUCCUACAUUGGUCCUCUGUAGCUCAGCUGGUAGAGCACGGCGCUUGUAACGCCAGGGUAGUGGGUUCGAUCCCCGGGACCACCCAUACACAAGAAAAAAAUUUAUGCACGCAUGACUGUAAGUCGCUUUGGAUAAAAGCGUCUGCUAAAUGGCAUAUUAUUAUUAUAUUAUAUUAUUACAUGCCUGCUCCUGGAUUUGACUGCCAGAUAGCAACAGUCUACUUUGUUUCAUUUGCCCAGGUCUGAUCAUGUCAGCAGUGACGGUGAUCAUUCUCAUUCUGUACUUCGUGAUCGACACAUUCGGGGUGCAGGGUCGCCCAUGGCUGAAGGAGUGUACCCCCAUCUACAUCCAGUACUUUGUCAAGUUCUUCAUCAUCGGAGUCACUGUGCUGGUGGUGGCUGUGCCUGAGGGGCUGCCUCUAGCCGUCACCAUCUCUCUGGCCUACUCUGUCAAGGUACACACAAACCAACACACACACACAGUGCUGGUAGUGGCAGUGCCAGAGGGGCUGUUGCUAGCUGCCAUCAUCUCCCAGACUUACUCUGUCAGGGUACACACACACACAGCACUGACCUCUACGUGUCCCCUGUAUAGAAAAUGAUGAAAGACAAUAACCUGGUGCGUCACCUGGAUGCGUGUGAGACCAUGGGGAACGCUACGACCAUCUGCUCCGACAAGACGGGCACCCUCACCAUGAACCGUAUGACCGUGGUGCAGGCCUACUUGGGAGACACACACUACAAGAAAGUACCGGAACCCGACGUCAUCAAACCAUCCACACUGGAGGUCCUGGUCAACAGCAUCGCCAUCAACUCAGCCUAUACUACUAAGAUCCUGGUGAGUGAGAGAGAUAGAGAGAGUGAGUGAGUGAGAGAGAGUGGGUGAGAGAGUGAGUGAGAGAGUGAGUGAAUGAGUGAGAGGCACACACAAAAAUAGCAGAAAUUGAACGAGCAAUCACGAUAAACCUUCACCGCUCACACAUGCAAACACACACACACACACACACAAAUCCUUACCUGAGGCACUUGAAGCACACGCUAAUUUCGUCCCAGUCUUCAGUAAAGAUGGUCCAUAAUGGCAUUCCAGAAACAUGAUGCUGCUUUCCAUCCAUUCAUUCAUCAGCUCAUCAAUACCACCAGGUAAUCACAUAAGACUGAAGACACAGGCUUUCACUAGCCCUUAGGAGAAUCCGUCACUCAUCUUUGCUCGUUCCAUGGACCAUAGCGCCUCAAUUUGGAUCUUCAUGACGUCUCUAUGCAGUGUGUGCACAUCCUUACAAAUGCAUCUUCUUCUCUAGUGAAUAUCUUCAUGGUUGCUUUUACACUCUGUAUGAUGCAUAUCUCAAUGUUCCUUUUACUGUAUGCCUUCUUCAUGAAAUAUACAUGUUUGUAGCAUACGGUAUGUAGGGUGUGUGUAAAAUGUUGUUUGUUACUCCAGUCACCAGAGAAGGAGGGAGGUCUGCCCCGCCACGUUGGCAACAAGACAGAGUGCUCCCUAUUGGGCUUCGUGCUGGAGCUGAAGAGGGACUACCAGCCAAUCAGGGAAGAGAUUCCUGAGGAGAAGCUGUACAAGGUAUGUAGCUGCUUCAAAAUGUAUCAAUGAAGUUAAAGGUGCAAUCUGUAACUUAUAUAAAUUAUAUAUGUGUGUUCUGUGUGGCUCCAAGACGAAAUGUACAAAUAACAUACUGCCCAUUUUUCCUACAGCGAGCUAACUUAUACACAAACUUCUGUACUAUAGUAAUAUAGCAUAUUGUGAUAAUAUGGUAGUUAUAACUAACUGAGUGGUCUGUUUCCAGGUGUACACCUUCAACUCAUCCCGUAAGAGCAUGAGCACAGUGCUGAAGAACACUGAUGGUAGUGGCUUUCGCAUGUACAGCAAGGGAGCCUCCGAGAUCGUCCUACGCAAGUACGGAAGGGAGGGGGAGGGAGGGAUUGGUCAUAUAUUUAGUUGAUGAAUGGAUACACAGAGAUAGACAUACAGAAAUAUGGAGUUGAUCGUCUGUGAUGUGAUGAUACUUUAUGAGAGAGUUGGCAAACAUAUCUCCUCCUUCACUCCUCCCCCUCCUAUCUCUUCUCUCACCCUCCCCUCAUCUUCCUUCCCUCCUUGCCCUCUAGAUGUUCCCGUAUCCUGGACAUCAACGGGGAGCCACGUAUCUUCAAGCCUAAGGACCGUGAUGAGAUGGUGAAGGUGGUGAUUGAGCCCAUGGCCUGUGACGGUCUGAGGACCAUCUGUGUGGCCUACAGGGACUUCCCUGCUGAGGCAGGAGAACCAGACUGGGACAACGAGGCCGAUAUCCUCAACGAGCUCACCUGCAUCUGUGUGGUCGGCAUCGAGGACCCCGUCAGACCUGAGGUGAGACAUGGACAGACUCAUUCAACCUGAACAAAACAAGCUCUGGUGGACACUCUACCUGAUCAGAAAGUGCAUAUAUACAGUGAGGGAAAAAAGGUAUUUGAUCCCCUGCUGAUUUUGUACGUUUGCCCACUGACAAAGAAAUGAUCAGUCUAUAAUUUUAAUGGUAGGUUUAUUUGAACAGUGAGAGACAGAAUAACAACAAAAAAAUCCAGAAAAAUGCAUGUUAUGAAUUGAUUUGCAUUUUAAUGAGGGAAAUAAGUAUUUGACCCCCUCUCAAUCAGAAAGAUUUCUGCCUCCCAAGUGUCUUUUAUACAGGUAACGAGCUGAGAUUAGAGCACACUCUUAAAGGGAGUGCUCCUAAUCUCAGUUUGUUACCUGUAUAAAAGACACCUGUCCACAGAAGCAAUCAAUCAAUCAGAUUCCAAACUCUCCACCAUGGCCAAGACCAAAGAGCUCUCCAAGGAUGUCAGGGACAAGAUUGUAGACCUACACAAGGCUGGAAUGGGCUACAAGACCAUCGCCAAGCAGCUUGGUGAGAAGGUGACAACAGUUGGAGCGAUUAUUCGCAAAUGGAAGAAACACAAAAGAACUGUCAAUCUCCCUCGGCCUGGGGCUCCAUGCAAGAUCUCACCUUGUGGAGUUGCAAUGAUCAUGAGAACGCUGAGGAAUCAGCCCAAAACUACACGGGAGGAUCUUUUCAAUGAUCUCAAGGCAGCUGGGACCAUAGUCACCAAGAAAACAAUUGGUAACACACUACGCCGUGAAGGACUGAAAUCCUGCAGCGCCCGCAAGGUAACCCUGCUCAAGAAAGCACAUAUACAGGCCCGUCUGAAGUUUGCCAAUGAACAUCUGAAUGAUUCAGAGGAGAACUGGGUGAAAGUGUUGUGGUCAGAUGAGACCAAAAUUGAGCUCUUUGGCAUCAACUCAACUCGCCGUGUUUGGAGGAGGAGGAAUGCUGCCUAUGACCCCAAGAACACCAUCCCCACCGUCAAACAUGGAGGUGGAAACAUUAUGCUUUGGGGGUGUUUUUCUGCUAAGGGGACAGGACAACUUCACCGCAUCAAAGGGACGAUGGACGGUGCCAUGUACCGUUAAAUCUUGGGUGAGAACCUCCUUCCCUCAGCCAGGGCAUUGAAAAUGGGUUGUGGAAGGAUAUUCCAGCAUGACAAUGACCCAAAACACACGGCCAAGGCAACAAAGGAGUGGCUCAAGAAGAAGCACAUUAAGGUCCUGGAGUGGCUUAGCCAGUCUCCAGACCUUAAUCCCAUAGAAAAUCUGUGGAGGGAGCUGAAGGUUUGAGUUGCCAAACGUCAGGCUCGAAACCUUAAUGACUUGGAGAAGAUCUGCAAAGAGGAGUGGGACAAAAUCCCUCCUGAGAUGUGUGCAAACCUACAAGAAAGGUCUGACCUCUGUGAUUGCCAACAAGGGUUUUGCCACCAAGUACGAAGUCAUGUUUUGAAGAGGGGUCAAAUACUUACAGUGGGGGAAAAAAAGUAUUUAGUCAGCCACCAAUUGUGCAAGUUCUCCCACUUAAAAAGAUGAGAGGCCUGUAAUUUUCAUCAUAGGUACACGUCAACUAUGACAGACAAAAUGAGAAAAAAAAUCCAGAAAAUCACAUUGUAGGAUUUUUCAUGAAUUUAUUUGCAAAUUAUGGUGGAAAAUAAGUAUUUGGUCAAUAACAAAAGUUUCUCAAUACUUUGUUAUAUACCCUUUGUUGGCAAUGACACAGGUCAAACGUUUUCUGUAAGUCUUCACAAGGUUUUCACACACUGUUGCUGGUAUUUUGGCCCAUUCCUCCAUGCAGAUCUCCUCUAGAGCAGUGAUGUUUUGGGGCUGUUGCUGGGCAACAUGGACUUUCAACUCCCUCCAAAGAUUUUCUAUAGGGUUGAGAUCUGGAGACUGGCUAGGCCACUCCAGGACCUUGAAAUGCUUCUUACGAAGCCACUCCUUCGUUGCCCGGGCGGUGUGUUUGGGAUCAUUGUCAUGCUGAAAGACCCAGCCACGUUUCAUCUUCAAUGCCCUUGCUGAUGGAAGGAGGUUUUCACUCAAAAUCUCACGAUACAUGGCCCCAUUCAUUCUUUCCUUUACACGGAUCAGUCGUCCUGGUCCCUUUGCAGAAAAACAGCCCCAAAGCAUGAUGUUUCCACCCCCAUGCUUCAUAGUAGGUAUGGUGUUCUUUGGAUGCAACUCAGCAUUCUUUGUCCUCCAAACACGACGAGUUGAGUUUUUACCAAAAAGUUCUAUUUUGGUUUCAUCUGACCAUAUGACAUUCUCCCAAUCCUCUUCUGGAUCAUCCAAAUGCACUCUAGCAAACUUCAGACGGGCCUGGACAUGUACUGGCUUAAGCAGGGGGACACGUCUGGCACUGCAGGAUUUGAGUCCCUGGCGGCGUAGUGUGUUACUGAUGGUAGGCUUUGUUACUUUGGUCCCAGCUCUCUGCAGGUCAUUCACUAGGUCCCCCCGUGUGGUUCUGGUAUUUUUGCUCACCGUUCUUGUGAUCAUUUUGACCCCACGGGGUGAGAUCUUGCGUGGAGCCCCAGAUCGAGGGAGAUUAUCAGUGGUCUUGUAUGUCUUCCAUUUCCUAAUAAUUGCUCCCACAGUUGAUUUCUUCAAACCAAGCUGCGUACCUAUUGCAGAUUCAGUCUUCCCAGCCUGGUGCAGGUCUACAAUUUUGUUUCUGGUGUCCUUUGACAGCUCUUUGGUCUUGGCCAUAGUGGAGUUUGGAGUGUGACUGUUUGAGGUUGUGGACAGGUGUCUUUUAUACUGAUAACAAGUUCAUACAGGUAACGAGUGGAGGACAGAGGAGCCUCUUACAGAAGAAGUUACAGGUCUGUGAAAGCCAGAAAUCUUGCUUGUUUGUAGGUGACCAAAUACUUAUUUUCCACCAUAAUUUGCAAAUAAAUUCAUUAAAAAACCUACAAUGUGAUUUUCUGGAUAUUUUUUUCUCAAUUUGUCUGUCAUAGUUGACAUGUACCUAUAAUGAAAAUUACAGGCCUCUCUCAUCUUUUUAAGUGGGAGAACUUGCACAAUUGGUGGCUGACUAAAUACUUUUUUCCCCCACUUUAAAUGCAAAUCAAUUCAUAACAUUUUUGACAUGCGUUUUUCUGGAUUUGUUUGUUGUUAUUCAUUCUUUCACUGUUCAAAUAAACCUACCAUUCAAAUUAUAGACUGAUCACGUCUUUGUCAGUGGGCAAAUGUACAAAAUCAGCAGGGGAUCAAAUCCUUUUUUCCCUCACUGUGUGUGUGUGUGUGUGUGUAUAUAUAUAUAUAUAUAUAUAUAUAUAUAUAUAUAUAUAUAUAUAUAUAUAUAUAUAUAUAUAUAUAUAUAUACAGUGCCUUCAGAAUGUAUUCAGACCCCUUGACUUUUCCACAUUUUGUUACAUUACAGCCUUAUUCUAAAAUGGAUUAAAAAAUAAAAACUUAUCCUCAAUCUACACACAAUACCCUAUAAUGACAAAGUGAAAACGGGUUUUUAGAAAUGUUUGCAAAUUUAUAAAAAAAAAAAAACGGAAAUACCUUAUUUACAUAAGUAUUCAGACCCUUUGCUAUGAGACACGAAAUUGAGCUCGGGUGCAUCCUGUUUCCAUUGAUCAUCCUUGAGAUGUUUCUACAACAUGAUUGGAGUCCACCUGUGGUAAAUUCAAUUGAUUGGACAUAAUUUGGAAAGGCACACACCUGUCUAUAUAAGGUCCCACAGUUGACAGUUCAUGUCAGAACAAAAGCCAAGCCAUGAGGUUGAAGGAAUUGUCCGUAGAGCUCCGAGACAGGAUUGUGUCAAGGCACAGAUCUGGGGAAAGGUAACAAAAAAUGUCUGCAGGUCCCCAAGAACACAGUGGCCGCCAUCAUUCCUAAAUAGAAAAAGUUUGGAACCACCAAGACUCUUCCUAGAGCUGGCCGCCCGGCCAAACUGAGCAAUUGGGGGAGAAGGGCCUUGGUCAGGGAGGUGACCAAGAACCCAAUGGUCACCCUGACAGAGCUCUAGAGUUCCUCUGUGGAGAUGGGAGAACCUUCCAGAAGGACAACCAUCUCUGCAGCACUCCACCAAUCAGGCCUUUAUGGUAGAGUGGCCAGACGGAAGCCACUCCUCAGUAAAAGGCCCAUGACAGCCUGCUUGGAGUUUGUCAAAAGGCACCUAUAGACUCUCAGACCAUGAGAAACAAGAUUCUCUCGUCUGAUGAAACCAAGAUUGAACUCUUUGGUCUGAAUGCCAAGCGUCACGUCUGGAGGAAACCUGGCACCAUCCCUACCGUGAAGCAUGGUGGUGGCAGCAUCAUGCUGUGGGGAUGUUUUUCAGUGGCAGGGAGACUAGUCAGGAUCGAGGCAAAGAUGAACAGAGCAAAGUACAGAGAGAUCCUUGAUGAAAACCUGCUCCAGAGCGCUUAGGACCUCAGACUGGGGCGAAGGUUAACCUUCCAACAGGACAACGACCUUAUGCACACAGCCAAGACAAUGCACGAGUGGCUUCGGGACAAGUCUCUGGAUGUCCUUAAGUGGCCCAGCCAGAGUCCAGACUUGAACCCAAUCGAACAUCUUUGGAGAGACCUGAAAAUAGCUGUGUUCUUGGGGACCUCUCUGAGAGGAUCUGCAGAGAAGAAUGGGAGAAACUCCCCAAAGUACUGAGUAAAGGGUCUGAAUACUUAUGUAAAUGUUAUUUUUUAUAAAUUAGCAAAAAAAUCUAUUAUUAUGGGGUAUUGUGUGCAGAUUGAUUGGGGGGGGGGGGUGUAAUCAAUUUUAGAAUAAGGCUGUAACCUAACAAAAUGUGGAAAAAGUCAAGAGGUCUGAAUACUCUCCGAAGGCACUGUACCAGUCAAAAGUUUGGAGAAACCUACUCGUUCAAGGGUUUUUCUUUAUUUUUACUAUUUUCUACAGUCGUGGUCAAAAGUUUUGAGAAUGACACAAGUAUUGGUCUUCACAAAGUUUUCUGCUUCAGUGUUUUUAGAUAUUUAUGUCAGAUUUUACUAUGGAAUAAUGAAGUAUAACUACAAGCAUUCCAUAAGUGUCAACGGCUUUUAUUGACAAUUACAUUAAGUUUAUGUAGUUACCCUUCUUUUUCAAGACCGCUGCAAUCCGCCCUGGCAUGCUGUCAAUUAACUUCUGGGCCACAUCCUGACUGUUGGCAGCCCAUUCUUGCAUAGUCAUUGCUUGGAGUUUGUCAGAAUUUGUGGGUUUUUGUUUGUCCGCCCGCCUCUUGAGGAUUGACCACAAGUUCUCAAUGAGAGUAAGGUCUGGGGAGUUUCCUGGCCAUGGACUCAAAAUGUCGGUGUUUUGUUCCCCAAGCCACUUAGUUAUCACUUUUGCCUCAUGGCAAGGUGCUCCAUAAUGCUGGAAAAGGCAUUGUUCGUUGGGAGAAGUUGCUCUCGGAGGAUGUGUUGGUACCAUUCUUUAUUCAUGGCUGUGUUCUUAGGCAACAUUGUAAGUGAGCCCACUCCCUUGGCUGAGAAGCAACCCCACACAUGAAUGGUCUCAGGAUGCUUUACUGUUGGCAUGACACAGGACUGAUGGUAGUGCUCACCUUGUGUUCUCCGGACAAGAUUUUUUCCGGAUGCCCCAAACAAUCGGAAAGGGGAUUCAUCAGAGAAAAUGACUUUACCCCAGUCCUCAGCAGCCCAAUCCCUGUACCUUUUGCAGAAUAUCAGUCUGUCCCUGAUGUUUUUCCUGGAGAGAAGUGGCUUCCUCGCUGCCGUUCUUGACACCAGGCCAUCCUCCAAAAGUCUUCGCCUCACUGUGCGUGCAGAUGCACUCACACCUGCCUGCUGCCAUUCCUGAGCAAGCUCUGCACUGGUGGUGCCCCGAUCCUGCAGCUGAAUCAACUUUAGGAGACGGUCCCGGCGCUUGCUGGACUUUCUUGGGCGCCCUGAAGCCUUCUUCACAACAAUUGAAUCUCUCCUUGAAGUUGUUGAUGAUCCGAUAAAUGGUUGAUUUAGGUGCAAUCUUACUAGCAGCAAUAUCCUUGCCUGUGAAGCCCUUUUUGUGCAAAGCAAUGAUGACGGCACGUGUUUUCUUGCAGGUAACCAUGGUUAACAGAGGAAGAACAAUGAUUUCAAGCACCACCCUCCUUUUAAAGCUUCCAGUCUGUUAUUCUAACUCAAUCAGCAUGACAGAGUGAUCUCCAGCCUUGUCCUCGUCAACACUCUCACCUGUGUUAACGAGAGAAUCACUGACAUGAUGUCAGCUGGUCCUUUUGUGGCAGGACUGAAAUGCAGUGGAUAUGUUUUUGGGGGAUUAAUUUCAUUUUCAUGGCAAAGAGGGACUUUGCAAUUAAUUGCAAUUCAUCUGAUCACUCUUAAUAACAUUCUGGAGUCUUUGCAAAUUACCAUCAUAAAAUCUGAGGCAGCAGACUUUGUGAAAAUUAAUAUUUGUGUCAUUCUCAAAACUUUUGACCACGACUGUACAUUGUAGAAUAAUAGUGAAGACAUCAAAACUAUGAAAUAGCACAUAUGGAAUCAUGUAGUAACCAAGAAAGUGUUAAACAAAUCAAAAUAUAAUUUAUAUUUGAGAUUCUUCAAAUAGCCACCCUUUGCCUUGAUGACUGCUUUGCACACUCUUGGCAUUCUCUCAACCAGCUUCACCUGGAAUGCUUUUCCAACAGUCUUGAAGGAGUUCCCACAUAUCUUUUUUCAAAAAAACAAGGACAUUUCUAAGUGACCCCAAACUUUUGAACGGAAGCGUAUAUAUAUUUUUUGUAGUUGAUCCCUUCAGAGCUGAUGUUGGAUAUGGCUGCUUAGAUUAGCUGUGUACUAUGUUGUGUGGAGGUUGUAUGGAGGUUGUCCACAGUAUCAGAAAUGUUGAUAAUGAAGCCCAAUAUACUAGAGGUCUUAAUGGACUGUUGUUUGUCAGAAUAAGAUUCCUCCAAGCCACUGCUGAAUGAUUUUGUUGAUCUGUUAAAUUGCCCAGUAAAGAAUUAUCUGUUUUGGUGCAGUGUGACUCAAACAUCUGAUCCCCAUUUAAAUAUAUUAAAUUAGCUCAGGAACCUACUGGCUCCAGUCACAUGAUAUCAUAUUGACUGCGGAAGUCAAUGAGAGGAACAAUUUGAAAGCCACUUAUAAGAGCAUGAGGACCAAGAGCUCUAGACGAGGUAUAUCUUAUAAUAAGAGACUGGGUGCAUAUGACACUGAUAUCAACAAUGUAUCAAAUUAAAUUGUUCAAAUAAGUGUCUUAAGGCCAGUGAUCUAAGUUAUGCUAUGCUGCAAUAACUGCAGGCAGCCAGUAUCCAUACAGAGAGCUGGUGUAUGACGGAAAAGCUAAUCUGCACACACAGACACAUGCACAGUCUCUCUCUCUCACACACUCACACACACACACACACACACACACACACACACACACACACACACACACACACACACACACACACACACUCACUCACACACACACACACACACACACACAUACACACACACAUAUUACACAUAAGUGUAGCCUAUUGAGUGAGAUGAACACUCAUGUUCAAACCUCCUCACUCCACUGCUACCCUAGAGGACUGAAAUGGCCCUCUUGUCUCCUAAAGAGUCUUCUCUAUAGGCCCAGCCAGAGCCUGUAAACCUGCGAAUUACAAUGUAAAUGUAAUAUCAAGGAGCAUUUGGUGCCAAUAUGGCGGACAGUAUGCUGAACCUACUGAGCUCUUGUGAAACUGCAUUAUGAAUCCUGCUGAUCCUGAAGAAAAGCUAAUACAGUCAUUUGAAAGAGUGUGGCUGUGACAUAUUAGCUAGUUCCUUGGUCCGCCCGACCGCCACUUGCUGUGUCCUUCACGUGACUCACUGAUAGUCAUUAGAAUUUUGAAUGUCAAGCAGCAGCAGAUAACAUAGUGGAUGGAAAUAGCUUUGUAGCCAGCGGGUGACAGAUACUCUACCAGUUCACAAUAGGGUUGGAAGGGAAGGGCGGCUAGCUGCUAGCGGAAAGGUACUGUACUGUAGCAGCCAUGCUAGGAUAUUUAUAAUGGCUGUGCACAUUAGCGCUGAUAUUUACGUGACAGCAGCGUCUCUGAAAUGAGCUACUGGUAUGUAGAAUAUUCCAUAAUAUCACCCAUUAAUUCUGGAGAUGAGGCACCCAUCAUUACCAUGAUAGAUGGGGAAAGAACACCUGUGUCGUUGUAUUAUUCAAAUGCAUUACUGAAGGAAAAUGCAAAGCCUCAGAGAUGUUAUGGUUCCGACUAAAGGCCAGAGAUGUGGGCAACUGUUCGGGGAACAUUGGAGAGUUAGCGAUCGUAGGUCUGUGAGUGGAUCUUUACAUGAGGUGGCCUGCCAGUGCUAGUGUGGGUGCAUUCCACCAUAGUUGGUCAAAGUAAUUUUUUUCUUUAGGGUUCUGUGUUAUUGUGGUGGGAGGGUUGUGUAGACAGUGUAGCUACACGUUUAGUGGUUUGUGUGAGGGCAGAGGGGGUGGGGGAAGGGGGUGUGGGGGUUGGGCUCAACAGUGUGAUUGACAGGCAGACGUCUAUGGGGGGUUUCUGAUUAUCUAUAAAUAAGUGAUCUGAUUGGUCUAAUGAGGAGUGACUCAUCACAUAGCUGAGGGUGGAUAAUUACAGAAGACUUCACUCAGACACACAGAGAGAGAGAGACUCACACGCACAGCGGGUUGAGAGGUUGCGCUGGAAUGAGCAGAAGCUGUCAGGGCAUCACACUGUCGUGCUGAGAGAGAGACUAAAAUAACCUGCGACACUGUUACUGAGAUCAACAGUGGUACAAAAUGGAGUAGGGAACGUGUGGAGGGGACUAUACAUACAGAAUACACUCAGAUACACACAUCUUACACAGACUGAUCUGAGAUCAGCACUGGUACUAUACCAAGGAAUGUAUUUUAAAUUUUUAAGUGGACAUAUAACUACAAAAUACUGGAUGAACAAUGUCCUUGUAGUGAACUUAAAGUCAUGACUCUCUCCUCCCUCCCCUAAAGGUACCUGAUGCUAUACUCAAGUGCCAGAGGGCUGGCAUCACCGUGCGCAUGGUUACCGGGGACAACAUCAACACCGCCCGUGCCAUAGCAACCAAGUGUGGCAUCCUGUUGCCGGGCGAGGACUUCCUGUGUCUGGAGGGCAAAGAGUUCAACCAGCUGAUCCGUAAUGACCAGGGAGAGGUGAGACACACCUCAGGACUUUUAUUUUGAAAGGGGGACUUUUAUUAUGAUAUAUUAGAGGUGAGACCGUCAUGGGGGCGUAAAUUAUGUAGUAAUAGUUGUAGUAGUAGUAGAGAUGCAGCCCCUCUGACACUGUGUACCCCUGUGCUCUAGGUGGAGCAAGAGCGUCUGGAUAAGGUGUGGCCCAACCUGCGUGUGCUGGCUCGUUCCUCUCCCACUGACAAACACACUCUGGUCAAAGGUGGGUUAAAGCUGUCACAUAUCUCUCCUUUUCUUGUUUUUCCUCCUUUUUCCUUCCAAAAAUGUGUCAUCUCUUUCAUGUGUGAUAGACACACAAACACAGUGGACCCAGGGGUCUGUAGCACUGCCACCCCCCUCAGCCUAACCCAGUUCUCUUCAAAGCCUGUUUCAUCUCAGUUGGGGGGCAGUGGAGGGGUGGAUAGAGAAAGGUACGCGCGAAGUAAGGCUUAAUGCAGGUGUGGGUCAUGAAUAUGGAGACUCUUGACUAGAAGACUAACCGAAAGAUACACUGAAGUUCUGUCACUGAAAAAGCUAAUUAAAUGCGAAAAAGUCAUUUUCGAAAUAUUGGGUGGACCGCAUUUGUUAGUUAAGUUCAUCCCAAAGAAUUACAUUCCCUGGGUGUCUGUCUCCGUUAAUGUGUAUACUGCUGUCCUGUGUGUUGAGAUCUGAGGGGUGUGGUAUUGUUUCUCUCCCUCAGGUAUCAUGGACAGCACCGUCCUCGAGACGCGACAGGUGGUGGCUGUGACAGGUGACGGAACUAACGAUGGCCCCGCCCUGAAGAAGGCUGAUGUUGGAUUCGCUAUGGUAACACACUCCAUUCAUAUCAGUCUGUUUAUAUGGUUCCCUUGUCACUACUUUCCUUCUUUUUGUACUCCCUCUUAGAGAAAACCUAUCAAGUAAUUACACUACAGCCAUGAAAAGCUCAUUUUGCCCAAACCUUAUCUCUGCAACUCUCCAAUUUACUCCAAAGUGCCUCCAUUACGAUGGCUGUGUGAUUAGACAAUAAAUCAAUAGCGGUAGUAAUGCUUGGAUAAAUCUGUUUAUCACCAGACCAUCCCCACUACGUUCACAUACACUGUACCCUAAGCAGAAAGACCUCUGGGUUUGGGGAUUACAGAAUGUGUGUGUGUGUGUGUGCGCGCGCGCUACACCCGCAAUAACAUCUGCUAAAUAUGUGUAUGUGACCAAUACAAAUUCAUUUGAUUUGAUAUUUAUUUUGCAUCUGAUUCUGCCCGUUAAUCUGUGUAUCUAUCUGCGUGCUUGGCAGUCCGUGUCAGUGUGGCGUUGUGAGGAGUGUUGUUUGGGUUGCCAGUCGCCCCUGUGGUUCAGUUAAUUCCCAGCCCAAUAUCAUCAGCUUCACAUUCAUCCAGACUCCCUACCUUCUCCUCCUUAGAGAGAUGAACAGCGCCCAUUCGACCGCCAAACAGUGGGCUACAUGUCCUCGUCGAGCCCGUCACAUUAACGGGUAGACCCCACAGCUUGGGUGACUGGUUGUGAAUAAAUUAGUAACACGGAAGAGGCAUUAAAGCCAGGAAGAGCAGUUAAUGGUAUUGAAGACAAUCAGCAAGACAUAUGCUAGAGACAGAGAGCCAGAGAGAGAGAGACACAGAGAGAGUGAGAGAAAGAGACACAUAGAGAGGGGAAAUUACCGUUUAAAGAGUCCCACAUACAGUGCCUUCGGAAAGUAUUCAGACCCCUUGACUUUUUCCACAUUUUGUUACAUUACAGCCUUAUUCUAAAAUUGAUUAAAAAAAAAUGUUCCCUCAUCAAUCUACACACAAUACCCCAUAAUGACAAAGCAACAAAUAAAAACAUAUAAAUAAAUGUCAAUAAAAAUGUGACAUUUGUGUAAGUAUUCAGACCCUUUGCUCAGAACUUUGUUGAAGCGCCUUUGGCAGCGAUUACGGCCUCGAGUCUUCUUGGGUAUGACGCUACUAGCUUGGCACACCUGUAUUUGGGGAGUUUCUCCCAUUCUUCUCUGCAGAUCCUCUCAAGCUCUGUCAGGAUGGAUGGGGAGCUUCGCUGCACGGCUAUUUUCAGGUCUCUUCAGAGAUGUUAGAUCGGGUUCAAGUCCGGGCUCUGGUUGUGCCACUCAAGGACAUUCAGAGACUUGUCCCGAAGCCACUCCUACAUUGUCUUGGCUGUGUACUUAGGGUCGUUGUCCUGUUGGAAGGUGAACAUUCGCCCCAGUCUGAGGUCCUGAGCGCUCUGGAGCAGGUUUUCAUCAAGGAUCUCUCUGUACUUUUCUCCGUUCAUCUUUCCCUCGAUCCUGACUAGUCUCCCAGUCCCUGCUGCUGAAAAACUUCCACACAGCAUGAUGUUGCCACCACCAUGAUUCUCUGUAGGGAUGGUGCCAGGUUUCCUCCAGACGUGACGCUUGGCAUUCAGACCAAAGAGUUCAAUCUUUGUUUCAUCAGACCAGAGAAUCUUGUUUCUCAUGGUCUAAGAGUCCUUUAGGUGCCUUUUGGCAAACUCCAAGCGGGCUGUCAUGUGCCUUUUACUGAGGAGUGGCUUCCGUCUGGCCACUCUACCAUAAAGGCCUGAUUGGUGGAGUGCUGCAGAGUGUGUUGUCCUUCUGGAAGGUUCUCCCAUCUCCACAGCAGAACUCUGGAGCUCUGUCAGAGUGACCAUCGGGUUCUUGGUCACUUCCCAGACCAAGGCCCUUCUCCCCCGAUUGCUCAGUUUGGCCGGGCGGCCAGCUCUGGGUAGAAUCUUGGUGGUUCCAAACUUCUUCCAUUUAAGAAUGAUGGAGUCCGCUGUGUUCUUGGGGACCUUCAAUGCUCCAGAAAUGUUUUGGUACCCUUCCCCAGAUCUGUGCCUCGACACAAUCCUGUCUCGUAGCUCUACGGACAAUUCCUUCAACCUCAUGGCUUGGUUUUUGCUCUGACAUACACUCUCAUCUGUGGGACCAAAUGUAGACUGGUGUAGAAACAUCUCAAGGAUGAUACAUGGAAACACCUGAGCUCAUAGCAAAGGAUCUGAAUACUUACGUAAAUAAGGUAUUUCUGUUUGAUAUUUUUAAUACAUUUGCAAACAUUUCUAAAAACCUGUUUUCGUUUUGUUAUUAUGGGGUAUUGUGUGUAGAUUGAUGAGGGGAAUUUUUUAUUCAAUCAAUUUUAGAAUAAGGCUAUAACGUAACAAAAUGUGGAAAAAGUUAAUGGAUCUGAAUACUUUCCGAAUGCACUGUACCUGUAGAUCUUAAUGAAAUACUCAGUCUUUAUAUGUAAUGAGGAAAAUAGACUGAGUUGAACAAAGCUUUGAGGGAAAGAGAAAGAAAAUUGAAAGCACAUUAAUUUAAAAUAGAAAGGAUAAUGAUAUAGCUCAGGGUGUUAUUUGCCCAAAAUCUCCUGUGUAGAUGAAGGAUCGCGGAGAGAUGAAAUACUUGUUUAUAGCUAGCCUUUCUUCUCCAAAGUUAAUUGAUUCACAUGAUUGAGAGGAGAAAAGGGCAGAUGUCAAAGGGGUGGAAUGCAGUGCCAACCUACAAUGAAAUGCUGGCUGGUUGCUUGUAGGCACGCUAGUUCUUUUCAACAGGACUCAAACUUUGACACUUAACACUGUGGCUAGGUUUCUCACCAUCAUCCACCUGGCUGAUGCACGGCAGCCAUUUUGUGCUGAACCGCUAACCACUCAACAGCUGUCAAUGAUGUAGCUGGUUCAUGUCCCUGACUGAAUGAAACUGAGGUCACAUCUGGCUCAAAAUCAUGGGUGUUACACAUUGGUGGUGGAUGAGGUGAGUUCCCCAUAUAAUAUAGAGCAGUUGAUCUAAUGAAACGUGCUACAUAAAUGCAAUUCAUAAAAAAAAGGGAAUAUACAUACAUUUUUUAACUUGUAUUGCGCUUUUCAAAGAAUCUCCAUGUGCAUAAAAAGUAAAACAACCAAUGAUGGAGAUUGAAAGUCUCAGUUGGCUUGGGAUUAAGUUUGGGCUGAAAAGGCAGUGGAGGUUCAGUGGAGAGGGCAUAUGUAAAAACAUAUGAAAAUUAUGGAAACCAUCACAGAUAUAAGCAUCGUCAUUAACCUCAUUGUAAUCCCCAUAGACCUUAAACCCUCCAUCUCUGUCUCCUGAUAGGGUAUUGCCGGUACGGACGUGGCUAAGGAAGCAUCAGAUAUCAUUCUGACUGACGAUAACUUCACCAGCAUCGUCAAGGCUGUGAUGUGGGGCCGCAAUGUCUACGACAGCAUCUCCAAGUUCCUCCAGUUCCAGCUCACUGUCAACGUGGUGGCCGUCAUCGUGGCCUUCACUGGCGCCUGCAUCACACAGGUAACACACGCACCACUGUCAACAUAUGGGGAUGCUUUAAUUUUCUCCCACUCCUAUAUUUCUCUCUCUCUCCCACCCUGUCUCUAUCUAUUUUACAUUUGAAUAAUUUAGCAGAGCGACUUACAGGAGAAAUUAGGGUUAAGUACCUUGCUUUCAUUUAGUCGGCUCAGAGAUUCGAACCAGCGACCUUUCGGUUACUGGCCCAACGCUCUUAACCGCUAGCCUAGCUGCCGCCCCUACUCUCUACCAUACACUCAUGCUUUCUCUCUCUCUAUCUAUCUCUCUCUCUCUCUCUGUCUCUGUCUCUCUCUCUCCGUCUCUCCGUCUCUCUCUGUCUCUCUGUCUCUGUCUCUCUCUCUCCGUCUCUCUCUCUCUCUCUCUGUCUGUCUCUCUCUCUGUCUCUCUCUCUCUCUCUCUCUCUCUCUCUCUCUCUCUCUCUCUCUCUCUCUCUCUCUCUCUCUCUCUCUCUCUCUCUCUCUCUCUCUCUCUCUCUCUCUCUCUUCCCCCCCCAGGACUCUCCUCUGAAAGCGGUGCAGAUGUUGUGGGUUAACCUGAUCAUGGACACCCUGGCCUCCCUGGCCCUAGCCACCGAGCCCCCCACUGAGUCCCUGUUGCUGAGGAAGCCGUAUGGCCGCAAUAAGCCCCUAAUCUCCCGCACCAUGAUGAAGAACAUCCUGGGUCAUGCCGUCUACCAGCUCACAAUCAUCUUCACCCUGCUGUUCGCUGGUGAGACCAUCACACUUUGGAACACAUGGAGUUAGACCAUACUGGAACACAUGGAGUUAGACCAUACUGGAACACAUGAAGUUAGACCAUACUGGAACACAUGGAGUUAGACCACACUGGAACACAUGGAGUUAGACCAUACUGGAACACAUGGAGUUAGACCACACUGGAACACAUGGAGUUAGACCGCACUGGAACACAUGGAGUUAGACCAUACUGGAACACAUGGAGUUAGACCAUACUGGAACACAUGGAGUUAGACCGCACUGGAACACAUGGAGUUAGACCAUACUGGAACACAUGGAGUUAGACCGCACUGGAACACAUGGAGUUAGACCAUACUGGAACACAUGGAGUUAGAACUAGUUUAUACCAGCUCACCAUCAUCUUCUCCCUGCUGUUCGCUGGCGAGACUAUACUGUCUAAAAUACAUAGAACACUGGAGAAAAUAAGAGUUUGAACUACUAGAUACGUGACAUUCACUCAACAAUGACUGUACAUCAAAUAUCUAUGUACUUAGUCUAUUUACACUUCAAACAUCAAUUUGUCACUGUAAAAUCGCUUUCUAUUGUAUGCAUUGGUAUUGUCCUUCUAAAACGGCCCGGGGCUGGGUUUCCACUUUUAUUUUUAAACUUUUAAUUUGACAGGGAAGUCAUACUGAGACUAGGAUCUCUUUUACAGAUGAGUCCUGUAUAAAUACAUCAAGCAUAUACAAUAUACAAAAUUACAAACAUAUUAAGAAAAACAGACACAUUUAUCAACAUAGAGGUCUCUGGUCGUUUCUCUGAACUGACCAUGGGGGACCAGAAUAUCUCAUUUCAGAGAUAUCUGUGAGCAAAAAAACCUAAAAGCAGUUUUACCCAACUCUGUGGAGAUCGACGGGGCCUCUAGUGUUAUCCAAGCCUGUGACUGGGUUUGGUAAUUUGUAAGUCUACAUUUCAUUAAUGAUGAUAGAUACAUAGGAAGUUUCUGCAUAAGUGCUUUGUAGAUAAACACAAGAAAAAGCUGCUCUCUCCUUACAUACAAAGAGGCCCAAAGAAACUUAAACUUCUUCACCAGCUCAGUGACAUAUUUUUUAAAUGACAAUUUUGUUUUGUUUGCUUUUAGCACUUACUUUAGAUCCAAUAGUGACCACUGCAGUGCUAGAAAAUGUGAUUUCAAAUUUGAAAAGGCUUGGCCAACCGAUGGAGCAAUGGAAUACAACACUAUAUCAUCUGCAUACAAAUUAAUAUUACACAUUUUUACAGCAUAGUGGGCCGAGUAUCGAAUCUUGGGGCAACCCUUUAUGUAACUCAAGGAACUCAGAUUUGACCACCUCUGUCAUUGAGAUAAUUAUGAAACCAUCUGCAAGCAUCAGUACCGAACCUUAUUGAGGACAGUUUAUUAAACAGAAUAGCAUGGUCUACAGCAGGGUUUUCCAAACUCUGUGCUCGGGACCCCAAGGGGAGCACGUUUUGGUUUUUGCCCUAGCACUACACAGCUGAUUCAAAUAUUCAACUAAUUAUCAAGCUUUGAUCAUUUUGAAUCGGCUGUGUAGUGUUAGGGCAAAAAACUAAAUGUGCACCCCUUGGUGUCCCGAGGACCGAGUUUGGUCUACAGUAUCAAAAGCUUUUGACAAGUCUACAAACAUGGCAGCACAAUUCUUUCUAGCAUUUAAGGCAUUUGUAAUAUAAUUUACAAUAAGCAUGGUAGCCGUAGUGGUACUAUGUUUGGUCUGAAUCCAGAUUGAUUAACAUUAAGAAUACCAUUUACAAAUUGUCACCCCUAAUGACUUCCUGGUGUCAAUAGCUAAUAAGGCAGCAAUAACGUCUGUUUCUGUGAGUUGCCAAAAAGAAAAACCCUGACUACCAUUUCCCAAGUCACGUGAGGUUGACUGAUCAUCCAUCGAGGCAACUGGAGGCUGUAUGUGGGAAGAACAGUCAACUGACUGGCCCAGACCAGUAUGACCACCAUUUCUUUCAAAUAAGAUAUAAGCUGAGAUAAAAUGCUGACUAUAAGCAUCACAAAUCUUAACUUUUAAAAAUAAUGACACAGGAGUCUAAAACUACUUGCUUAGGCAGGGAAGUAGAGGAAUUACCCCGCUUCAGUGAAUUAACGGUUUUACAGAAUUUAAAGGGAUCACUAACAGAGUCUACCGUAGCUCUAAGGAAGUAGUUUGAUUUAAAGGGAUCACUAACAGAGUCUACCGUAGCUCUAAGGAAGUAGUUUGAUUUGGCCUGUUUAAAUGAGGCAUUGCACCUUUUUCUCAAUUGCCUAAAUAGCUGCCAAUCAGCUAAUGAGCCAGCUUGUCUAGCCUUGACCCAGGCUUGAUUUCUUAUCAAGAGGUCUGAGAGUACAGGAGAGUACUUUGGAUUAGUUUGUUUUUUGACUCUGAGUUGCUUGAAAGGGAGCCGGCCGCGGGAGCCGGCAGCCGGCCGCGACCGGGAGACUCAUGGGCGGCGCACAAUUGGCCCAGCGUCGUCCAGGGUAGGGGAGGGAAUGGCCGGCAGGGAUGUAGCUCAGUUGAUAGAGCAUGGCGUUUGCAACGCCAGGGUUGUGGGUUCGUUUCCCAUGGGGGGCCAGUAUAAAAAAUUUAUAAAUAAUGUAUUCACUAACUGUAAGUCGCUCUGGAUAAGAGCGUCUGCUAAAUGACGUAAAUGUAAAUGUAAAUGUGAAAGGGGCAUGCGAGAUAAAAAAAUGUUUUAUCUUCACAAUUAUACGAGGGUCAGAGUUUUUCAAUCUGGUAUCUCUAAUGCAAGCAAUAGGCCAGUGGUCGCUGAUAUCAUUUGCAAAAACACCACUAGCCAAAUACUUAUGGGGACGAUUAGUCAGGAUAAGGUCAAUCAAUGAGGAGUUUGCUAGGUUUUUUACAUUAAUCCGAGUGGGUUUUGUUAUCAGCUGAGUCAAGUUGAACUCAAGACAGAUAUUCUUAAACUGAUCUCAGGCAUGUGUAAGCCAAUCAAGAUUUAGAUCUCCUGACACAACCAGUUCUGAUACCAGAAAGGGUUUUAAAUAAUCAGAAAUAAUACCAACCCCUCUGCUGGGGGGAGGUAGACACAUUUUGGGGACAGAGAUGCUAAGAGAGCAUGAUGCCAUAAGACUAGAUUUUACAUAAAUGCCCGCCCCUCCCCCCUUUUUUGUCUAUCACAUCUGAAAAUGUUGUUGUCCGCAAUGGAAACAUCCUUAUCCAUAAUCAAAUUAUUCAGCCAGGUCUCUGAGAUAACCAGAACAUCUGGGUUGGUGUCAUGCACCCAGACAUCUAGAAAGUCUAGUUUAGACAUCAGGCUUCACACAUUUAAAAAAAAAUCUCAUAAAUCUACCCCAUAAUGACGAAGCAAAAACAGGUUUUUAUAAAUUUUAGAAAAUGUAUAAAACAAACCCCACCUGAAAUAUCAUAUUUGCACAAGUAUUCAGGCCCUUUACUCAGUACUUUGUUGAAGCACCUUUGGCAGCCUCGAGUCUUCAGGGGUAUGACGCUACAAGCUUGGCACACCUGUAUUUGGGGAGUUUCUCCCAUUCUUCUCUGCAGAUCCUCUCAAGCUCUGUCAGGUUGGAUGGGGAGCGUCGCUGCACAGCUAUUUUCUCUCCAGAGAUGUUCGAUCGCGUUCAAGUCCGGGCUCUGGCUGGGCCACUCAAGGACAUUCAGAGAAUUGUCCUGAAGCCACUCUUGUGCUUAGGGUCGUUGUCCUGUUGGAUGGUGAACCUUCGGCCCAGUCUGAGGUCCUGAGCGCUCUGGAGCAGGUUUUCAUCAAGGAUCUCUCUGUACUUUUCUCCGUUCAUCUUUCCCUCGAUCCUGACUAGUCUCACAGUCCCUGCCGCUGAAAAACAUCCCCACAGCAUGAUGCUGCCACCACAAUGCUUCACCGUAGGGAUGGUGCCAGGUUUCCUCCAGAUGUGACGCUUGGCAUUCAGGCCAAAGAGUUAAAUCUUGUUUCUCAUGGUCUGAGAGUCCUUUAGGUGCCUUUUGGCAAACUCCAAGCGGGCUGUCAUGUGCCUUUUACUGAGGAGUGGCUUCCGUCUGGCCACUCUACCAUAAAGGCCUGAUUGGUGGAGUGCUGCAGAGAUGGUUGUCCUUCUGGGAAGUUCUCCCAUCUCCACAGAGGAACUCUGGAGCUCUGUCAGAGUGACCAUCGGGUUCUUGGUCAUCCCCCUGAACAAGGCCCUUUUCCCCCGAUUGCUCCGUUUGGCCGGGCGGCCUGCUCUAGGAAGAGUCUUGGUAGUUCCAAACUUCUUCCAUUUAAGAAACAGCUCAAGGAUGAUAAAAAAAACAGGAUGCACCUAAGCUCAAUUUCGAGUCUCAUAGCAAAGGGUCUGAAUACUUACGUAAAUAAGUUAUUUCUGUUUUUUAUUUUUAAUACAUUUGCAAAAAAGUCUAAAAAAACAGUUUUCACUUUGUCAUUAUGGGGUCUUGUGUGUAGAUUGAUUAUUGGGGUCUUGUGUGUAGUGUUAUUUUUUAAAAUCUAUUUUCGAGUAAGGCUGUAACGUAACAAAAUGUGGAAAAAGUCAAGGGGUGUGAAUACUUUCCGAAUGCACUGCAUCUGCAACUUCAACACCAAGUUUAGUUUGUUUGAUUUGUAGGGCUAAAUCAUAUAUAUCAUUAACAUAUAGUGCAAAUAAAGUGGGUGAGAGUACGUAAGGGGUUGGAAACCAGCCAGUCCUGAGGUCAUUGACCUGAGCCCAUUUUAAUUAGUCUAAAAGGAAGAAGGUCUCUUCACCCAGUCGAAAGCCUUCUGAAAAUCAAUAAAACAGGCCAACGUUGGUUCUAGCCCGGACCACUGUGGAGACAGUAUAGAUGUGGUCUAUACGCCCCCUAUUCACUUCCAUCCAUUUUUUGUCCCAGUACCGGGUUACCUUCAGACGGGUCACUUGUGGGGAUCGUAGAGCGAAACUGAGAAUACCAUCUUGUUUGUGAGAGUCGAGUCUUUCCAUAGAGGGAUCAUAUUAAUGUGUAGCCCAAACCGUUCAGAUGCUACAGACAGAAGUUGGCAGAUCGGCUGUACCGACUUCAGACGAGUCCCAUGACACUUGUGAGGGAACGUUGAGCAAAACAGAGAACACCACCCUGUUCAUGAGUCUCAUAUUUCCAUAGAGGGGUCAUAUUUGUUUGUUGUCUAAAACCGUUCGGACCCUACAUACAUUUUCAUGAAAAGACACAUUUUUGUGAUGUCUCCUGGUCUGACCAACAACACUGUAUCUAUGCCACAUUCCACCGCAGAUGCGGAAGGCCGACAUUGGCGGAUAUGGUGUCUUGAGAGACAGCCCAUAGAAAAAAAGAUAUCUCUAGCUUAAACUGAUGGAUUUUGAUAGGGAUUUUUUUAUUAUGCUAAAUUAAAGAGAUGUUUACUUAAACAAAAGGUGAAUUAAGAUCAUAUAUAACUGUUAUCCUGUUUGCUCUUCUCCCUCUCCCAGGAGAGAACAUCUUCAACAUCGACAGUGGGCGUAACGCGCCCCUCCACUCGCCGCCCUCAGAGCACUACACCAUUGUGUUCAAUGUGUUCGUCAUGAUGCAGCUAUUCAAUGAGAUCAAUGCCAGGAAGAUCCACGGAGAGAGGAACGUUUUUGAGGCCAUCUACCGUAACCCCAUCUUCUGUAGCGUGGUCCUGGGAACCUUCGUCCUGCAGGUACAAACACACAUACUGUAGACACACACACACACACGCAGUCAUACACACACACACACAGACAUAAACUCACACACACACACUUGAACACACACAUCACACACGCACAUUAUUUUAUGGGCAAGGCCAUUUAGCCUUCAAGAGGUUCUCAAUCUGCUAGGGCACCAAGGCCAUUAACCAAAAUAGACAAUUCAAUUGAUUUGAAAACUGAAAAACACUAGCUAUUCUGUGAAGAAAAACAUAAGUGUAUGUUAAUGUAUAUACAUAAUUAGCCUACAUGUCAAAGUGUAGGUGAUAUAGCCUAUGCUUAUUGGCUACAGUCUGUCAUGUCCAGACCAAUGCUGACAUGAGGGAGGUUCCUGAAAAUGGAGUCAAACUUUAAUUAGACUUUUAAUUACAUAUAUAUAGGCUAAAUGCCAGUCAUGUUUGACAAAUAUAAUGUUGGAUCAUUAUUAAUAUCUAAAGGUUUGAUUCUGUCUACAUACUUAACGCACUGUUCGUUCUGAUAGGAGAGAAAGGCCAGUGCCUGUUGUGCACUGCAACAUCACCCACCUUGCAAUCUGAGUGGAGGCAGUCAACAUUUUGAAAUUAUUUAACCAUAAAUGUAGUUGUUUAAAACCUGGACGUUUGUCAUUUUAUGAGGCAUGUCUUACCAUGUUCCAACCAAAGGAAUGUUAAGGGGAUUAUUUUAUAAACACUUCCUCAUAUGCCAUUGAAACCAGUAGGGCCUAUUUCUCUCAUGCUUGUUGUUGCGUCUUUAGAUCUUCUAAAAAGCAUGAGCUGGCGCUCACCGAGUGAAAAUUAUUUAGUGUAGAGGUGCAGACUAACUGCGAAUAAACUGUAAACUAUAAAAAAUACUUGCACACUAUAUAUAUAUAUAUAUAUAUAUAUAUAUAUAUAGAUAUAUAUAUAUAUAUAUAUAUAUAAACUCAGCAAAAAAAGAAACGUCCAUUUUUUCAGGACCCUGUCUUUCAAAGAUAACUAGUAAAAUUCCAAAUAACUUCACAGAUCUUCAUUGUAAAGGGUUUAAACACAGUUUCCCAUGCUUGUUCAAUGAGCCAUAAACAAUUAAUGAACAUGCACCUGUGGAAUGGUCAUUAAGAUACUAACAGCUUACAGACUGUAGGCAAUUAAGGUCACGGUUAUGAAAACUUAGGACACUAAAGAGGCCUUUCUACUGACUCUGAAAAACACCAAAAGAAAGAUGCCCAGGGUCCCUGCUCAUCUGCGUGAAUGUGCCUUAGGCAUGCUGCAAGGAGGCAUGAGGACUGCAGAUGUGGCCAGGGCAAUAAAUUGCAAUGUCCGUACUGUGAGACGCCUAAGACAGCGCUACAGGGAGACAGGACGGACAGCUGAUUGUCCUCGCAGUGGCAGACCACGUGUAACAACACCUGCACAGGAUCGGUACAUCCGAACAUCACACCUGCGGGACAGGUACAGGAUGGCAACAACAACUGCCCAAGUUACACUAGGAACGCACAAUCCCUCCAUCAGUGCUCAGACUGUCCGCAAUAAGCUGAGAGAGGCUGGACUGAGGGCUUGUAGGCCUGUUGUAAGGCAGGUCCUCACCAGACAUCACCAGCAACAACGUCGCCUAUGGGCAGAAACCCACCGUCGCUGGAACAGACAGGACUGGCAAAAAGUGCUCUUCACUGACGAGUCGCGGUUUUGUCUCACCAGGGGUGAUCGUCGGAUUCGUGUUUAUCGUCAAAGGAAUGAGCAUUACACCGAGGCCUGUACUCUGGAGCGGGAUCGAUUUGGAGGUGGAGGGUCUUCAUGGUCUGGGGCGGUGUGUCACAGCAUCAUCGGACUGAGCUUGUUGUCAUUGCAGGCAAUCUCAACGCUGGGCGUUACAGGGAAGACAUCCUCCUUCCUCAUGUUGUACCCUUCCUGCAGGCUCAUCCUGACAUGACCCUCCAGCAUGACAAUGCCACCAGCGAUACUGCUCAUUCUGUGCGUGAUUUCCUGCAAGACAGGAAUGUCAGUGUUUACCAUGGCCAGCAAAGAGCCCAGAUCUCAAUCCCAUUGAGCAUGUCUGGGACCUGUUGGAUCCCAGAAAUGUCCGGGAACUUGCAGGUGCCUUGGUGGAAGAGUGGGGUAACAUCUCACAGCAAGAACUGGCAAAUCUGGUGCAGUCCAUGAGGAGGAGAUGCACUGCAGUACUAAAUGCACUUUUGAGAACAGUGUUUUCAUUUUAAUUGCGUUUUGGAACGUUCACGCUUAUAGCCUACUGCCGUGUGCACAUUGCUGCGUUUAUAAUGUGAAGAAAUAGUUUAUCAACAUUUUAAGCUAAACGUUCUGAUCUUUUGAAUCAGUCUCAUUUGCUUUUAAAAGUUUUUUUGGGAUGUACAGUGGUUGUAUUAAUUUGGGAUCUAUUGCGUCCCACAACUGUCCCAGAGUAUGUUUGGAAUAUUUAUUGCACAGAAGAAGAAUCUAUCCAAUAGAAAAGGUCAACUUUUGUACUAUGGGGGAUGAAAGAUUGAGAUAGGCUAGUGCUUUUGCUGUUCAUUAGGCCUACUCAUCUUGUUGGCUGGUGAAAAGAAAACGUGGACAGUUCUUCUAACAUCUUCAAAAUGCGCUUCAUAAUUCGAUAAGAAGGACUCGCGCCGUUGCAUCCCUGAUGUGUCUGUCUUCACUUGUAGCCUACUUCGGAGCUGAGAUGCCUGUGAGAAGUACCCGAUCACGUGACGGGCAUUGGCUAAUAAUAAUUGCGAUAUCUGAGAGAGCCAUGUGAGUGAGGGGUGCUUCGGAGUAGGCUACGGUGAUUUGCUGCCAGGAGAAGUGAAUUAUAAUUAUUAUAUUUAGCCCAAGGGAACAACGGUCACUUUGGCCACAAGGCAUACAUUUUUUUAGAGGGCAUUACGGCCACACAAGGGGGCAUCGAUGGCCAUGGCCGCCGAUGCCACUGGGAAAGUCGAGACAUGCCAUAACCCCAUCUUCGUUAGUAUGAUGUGUGGCAGCUUGGUUCUACAGGUACUCACUCUGUGGCUCUGUCUCAGAUUGUCAUUGUCCAGUUUGGAGGGAAGCCCUUCUCCUGCACGGCUCUGACCAUUGACCAGUGGCUCUGGUGUGUGUUCAUCGGAGUGGGAGAGCUGCUUUGGGGACAGGUAAGACACACAAACACUCACUCACACAUAUUUAAAAUCUCUUCAGCUCCGUGCUUGUGUGCGUGUGGGUGUGUGGCUGUGGUGUGCGUGUGUGGCUGUGGUGCGUGUGUGUGUGCGUGUGCGUGUGUGAAGAAGCUGGUACAGUAGGUGCCAGUGAACUCUUGCUAUGCUUAGACGGGUUCUGGAACACAAAGCAGCCGUGUUCCAUGGUUACCGUCACAACAGUCACCGUGGUAAUGAGCGCUGGCGCACAUAAAAGCAGCACUGCCCACAUUUACCUGCACCCCAGAGGACGAGAACCCAGCACGAUACUCCCUCUGCGACUACACUCGCGCACACACACACACAUGUUCAAAGACACAUGCACACACACUUCUCCCUCUGCACACACACGUUGGAAGACACACACACUUUUCCCUUAGCACCUACACACUCACACACACACACACAAACACAAAAUCCUACACUUGCCCACACACACACACACACACUCAAAGGCAUACAUAUAGAGAAAGAGAUCUCAUACUGUGUAUUGACAGGUACCCAUACCCUUAAAGACAAGCUUCCCCACACAGACAGUUGUCUGAGUUCAGGUAGGAGGUAGAGAGAGAACGAUCUCUGUAAACCAUGUAGAACAAGCUACUGUCUGUCUCUCUGUAUCAACCUAUAACAUUACAUCUAGGAUGAUGGCCUCCAGCGAGUGUGUGUGCGGGUGUGUGCGUGUGCACGUGCGUUUGUGUGUGUGGGAGUCUUUGACAGCAUAACCAUUCAAAGGUGACUAAAUGAGUUUGAGUCAUCAUGACUUGUUACAUAAGUGUCCCGUGUUUGAAAUGCAGACAAGAGAACAUAACACACACACAUCAGUAUCUAUACCUCCACCCCAAGGAAUGGUACAGCAAGGGAGUUUACCAUCCUUCUUCCGACACCACAGUUUGUUAUAGGGUGCCAUUUGGGAUGCAGCCUCAGUCUGUUGGGUUCAGUGCUGGGGCAUGCUGGUUAUGCAACUGUCUGUUCAGCCAAUCCAGGUCUUCGAAACAGUCACAUGAGGACAAACUGGCAACCACCAAAUUAAGUAGAGCCAUUCAAUAUAAAUAGUUAUGUGUGUGUGUGUAUCUCCAUGCUCGCAAUACCAUAGAAUAACAGUAUUUUAAUAGGAUCUCUGUGGGCAAUCCUCUCUUUAGUCUGGGCCUGAGAAAUGACCUUGCAUUCACUUCAGAUCCUGAAGGGAAUUGAUAAGGCAAACUAAUCACUGGGCGAACUAGAGGGCAUUGACUGAAUUAAUUAAUUUCUAACCAUGAAUGUAAUUAUGAGUUAGUGAACCGAUAUAAGUUCACAUGAACAGUUAUUAAUGCAUGUGAUAGCCUGCCAAGAAAUAUGAUGCGAGAAAAAACCACUGGAGCUUUUACAUACAGAUCAGAUGAGGUGUUAAUUUCAGGUCAGAGCUCUUUAAUAGUAUACUGCAGAGGUGUGUGUGUGUGUGUGUGUGUGCGUGCGCGCAUGUGUGUAUGGGAGUCUUUGAAAGCAUAAUCAUUCAGUUUUGACUAAAUUAAUUUGAGUCAUCAUGACUUCUUACAUAAGUAUUUAGUAUGUAGUAUUUUAUUAGGAUCCCUAUUAGCUACUGCUAAAGCAUUACAUAAGUGUACCGUGUUUGAAAUGCAGACAAGAGAACCUAACACACACACAGCACCACAUUACCAUAGUAUCUAUACCUCCACCCCAAGGAAUGGUACAGCAAGAACGUUUUUCCAUCAUUUUCCUGACACCACAGUUUGUUUCAGGACUGCAUCCCAAAUGGCACCUUAUUCUCUCCCUAUGUGGUGCACUAUAUAAGGAAUAUGGUGCCAUUUCGGAUGCAACCUCAGUCCGUUGGGUUCAGUGUUGGGGCAUUCUGCUUAGUCAACUCUCUGCUCAGCCAAUCCAUGUCUUAGAAACAUUCACAUGAGGACAAACUGGUUGGCAACCACAUAAUUAAAUAGAACCAUUCAAUAGAAAUAGUCAUGAAUAUGUAUCUCUAUUCAACACCAUAGAAUUAUAGUCAUUUAAUGGGAUCUCUGCUUUCACUUCAGAUCCUGAAGGGAAUUGAUAAGGUGAACUAA